UCGACUUCUGAAAACUCUUUAUUCAUCAUUUCUUCUUUCUCUUUAUCCUGACAUCCUUUUUUUUCAUACUCGUCCACCACCACUUCACUUUUUCCUUCUUAUAUCAAGGAGAAAUAUAUAAAAUAUAUAAUAUAUCCAUAAAACUGCAUGAAAACUUUGAAAGUCACACUCAUAUAAAGACGUUCACUGUGCAAAAGUUUAUAACUUUCUUUUUUUUUCCCCUGGAGCAUAAAGUACGAAACUUUUAGGUUCCUGUUUAAACGCAGAGUGAAACUUUCUUUACUCGUUGGUUUAUAUAUUUCUUUAUAUGUAUAUUAAAGCCUCUGAUCUGUAAGAAGCUUUCUCGUCUGAGUGAGUAAAACCAACCGACUGAGAGCAUCCUCAGCCUCAGAGCUAAAUGACCUCUCAGUGUGAGCAUCUCUCUGGAGGCGACAACAGCUGAAGAGGUCGCUCGAUAUCCUCUGUUUGUGUCAGAGAGGUGUGAACGUUACAGGACAGAGUCUCCUGAGAGGCUCAGCAUGCAGGAGGAGAAGAACAGUAGGAGUGAAGAAGAAGAAGAAGAGCGGGAGGAGGAGGAUGGGAGGGGAGGAUUCAUAUUGAUCGCAUUGAGUGAGGAAGAAGAAGAAGAGGUGUGAGGCCUUCUGGGUAAAAAGCCUCAGCAGAGAUGAUGUAAAAGAGGAGUUGCAACAACACCCCGAGACUGCUAAUCACAAACAUACACCAUGUGCAGUUUUUAAUGGCGGUAGAGGAGCUCAUAUUUAACCUGAUGCUGCAGAGCCGCCUCAGGCCGACCUGCUCAGCACUUUGAAGUCAGCAUCAUGUUAGAGGUGCUCUUCAUGCUGCUCUUCGAAUCAAACUUUGAGGAGACUCAGCGGGAAAUUCCCGGCUGAAGAAAGUUUGGAAAGAUCAGGGAUUACAUCAGUAAAUAAAUCUGAAACAGACUCACCAGAUACAGAGAGGUGGACUUGGAGAUAUCUAACAGAGUUUUAAGAAGACCUAGAACCGCCACGACCUCACCAUACUUUUCAUUUGCUUACAUGUUAAAGACUCCUGUUUUCAGCAACAUGGUGUUUUUAUAUGCAGAGAAAGUGACCAUAUUUAGACAAGAGGGCGGAGCUGGAGAGAAGGACACGCCUUUACCUUUCACAGUCAAACUAAGACAGUCAGAGCGUUUACAUGCACAGUGUAAUCUGACUAAGCUCAUAAUUCAUUUUUUUUCGCCGAAUCGCACUUCUCUCCUUGUCCGCGUAUACAUGCAGGUGAGAAAAUUGAAUUAUUGACGUGAAUGUGUCCUCCUCCCCAAAAACUAGGGGGCGAUAUGGGUCUAUUUGGCGGCACUGUUUCCAACCCCACACUCUGGUGUUGUGUCAGUCUUCUCGCUUCCACCUGUGACGCGUCUUUUUUCCCCCGGAAAGUCGUGAAAUCGCAUCGCGCUUGAUGUGUAUGGUCAGGCGUGUCAAAAUUUGCCUCCAAAUAUUUCAUAAUUUUGCGUCGUAUAUUUGCGUUGUUCCCGGUGUGUGACAACCUUAAUGUGUUUACAUGCACUCCUGUUGCCCGGUCUUAAUCAGAGUAAGGCAAUAAUUCGGUUUUCUCUAAUGUCAUGUAAACGUACUGACUGAUGUUUCUCCAUGUCAGAAAUCAGUCCUCUUCGUUUACAUCCUACAGGUCAGUCUGGCUGACCUUUGACCUGUGAGGUCCAGCCAAUUAGAAUGAGGGCGAGAAGGAGAGAGAGACUAAUCAGCUGAUCAAAGUUAUUGAUUGAUCAGUUUGUAGAUCUGCUGAGGAGAACCCAGCAGGAGGCUGCAGAGACACAGGUGACUGUGCUUUAUUAACCUGAUCGCAAGUUAGCGGGUAAUGAGGAUGUAAACAAGAAGCAGAGUGUCGCCAUGGAGACGGAUGAGCUACUUUUCCUUUUCUUUUCAUAGAUUUUAUUGUCUUUUCUUUUCUUGUCUUUAUUUUGUAGAUCACAGUAAAAUUUCAAACCAUGAUCAGUCAGAAACUUCUCACAGGAGUUUUAAGCCUUUUGUGUCUUUCCUCAGAUCUGCGGAUCCAAAAAUAUUGUCUGUUUUUUAUUAGUCUUUCUGCAAAACACCAGAAUAUUUACAACUUUUCUUACAACAGAAAUAAAGUUUAUCUCCCUCGGGUCUAAAACGUUUAAAUUUGUAAAUAGUUAUGAAAGCACUUUAACAAGAAGGAGAUACUUUUGGCUCCCUCCCUGCAGAGCUCAUAAAAAUUAAAACACUAAAUGAAAUCAAAAGUUAUUAAACUGAACAAUUAAAGGAACAAAUUCAUUAAAAUUAACUCCGUAUUAGAGAUUAAACUGCUGCUGGAUCGGUGAGAGGAGGAUUUUAUUCCGAUCAGACGUGAAACCAGCACUGAGAUCUUCAUGGUGAGUAUUUAAAGCCCUCUGAUUGGACAGUCUGGGUCACCCGGACACUUUCUGUCACCUCUCCUCGGGACUCUGGAAAAAAACGGAUGUGGGACCUGUUGAGGAGGAAAAAGAUCAGAACAUCGAAAAGCACCAAAACCUGCAAACACACCACCAGAACCAACACACCUGAGGGCGGACAGCGGCACCCUUACUCUCUUUUCUGCAUUUUCCUCCUGUGCGUAAAGAGGCGGAGAGUCUGCACGCGGGAUUUCUCCACGGACACGCCCAUAACCACAGAGAGAGAGAGAGAGAGAGAGAGAGAGAGAGAGAGAGAGAGAGUUUCCGUUUCCUCUCAACAGCACCUGUGUGACCGGAGCACGAGCUGCAGCUGCUUCUCCUCCAGCCUCUCGUCUUUUCCUCUCCAACUCGGGUCGGUUCGGCUCGGCUCGGUUCGGGUCCCCUCUCUCUCUGCAGCCGCUGGUGUCACCUCUCUCGGCGGGGGAAUCACUUUGUCGCAGCGGGUGUUUUCUCUGCGGAAGCACCGAGGAGAGCGGGAAAGGCUGGAAGGGAGACCCGGGGAGGAGCAUGUCUGAAGUGGGUCUGAGUCCGCUCCGGGUCCUGGUCUGGAGCGCGGGGUUCUCCUGAUACAUGCCUGACUUGUUGCUGCGGAAGGAAACACGAGGUUUAGAGGGGAAAAAAACAGGCCCGAGAAAGGAUUCACUCAAGAACCGGAUUCAACGAUUUGACGGAGUAAAGUGAAGCCAAAGAAGUUUGUUGGUGUUUUUUUCUGCUGAUUUAAAAAGUGAAAAGAAAAUUAAAACGUUUUUUCUCUGAGAGGACCCGCUGACUUUUGGUGGAUUUGUUUGUUUCCACUCUGAUUUGUAUGUUUUUCCUCCCCCGCGCCUCCUCAGCUCCGUGCGUAAAUCCUGUUUUUUUUUCCUGGAGAAACUCCGCUGCUCUCCUCCAUCUGUUGCCACCUCUCCUGAUGCUCUCUCGUUGCUCCUCCGCUUCUUGAACGUCCUCUAACGAGCCCCUCAGAGCUCUAGGACCGGGACCAGGCUCCAGGAGCAGCAUGGCAGCAGGAGUGGCGGCGUGGCUGCCGUUCGCCCGGGCGGCGGCUAUCGGCUGGAUGCCGGUGGCGGGCGCGCCCAUGCCGGUGCCGCCGAAGGAGAAGCAGCGCGGGACGGACGCGCUCAUCAUGCUGAAUGUGAGCGGCACAAAGUUCCAGACGUGGCGGGAUACGCUGGAACGGUACCCGGACACCCUGCUGGGCAGCACCGAGCGGGACUUUUUCUUCCACGAGGAAACCAACGAGUACUUCUUUGACCGGGACCCGGACAUCUUCCGCCACAUCCUGAACUUUUACCGCACCGGGAAGCUGCACUAUCCGCGGCAGGAGUGCAUCUCCGCCUACGAUGAGGAGCUGGCUUUCUUCGGCAUCAUCCCAGAGAUCAUCGGGGACUGCUGCUACGAGGACUACAAGGACCGGCGGAGGGAGAACCAGGAGCGGAUCCAGGACGACGAGGAGAUGGAUCAGACCAACGACCUGGUCGCUGCAGAUCUGAACUUCAGGGAGACCAUGUGGCGCGCCUUUGAGAACCCGCACACCUCCACCAUGGCCCUGGUCUUCUACUAUGUCACGGGCUUCUUCAUCGCGGUGUCGGUGAUGGCUAACGUGGCGGAGACGGUGCCGUGCGGCGCUGCGCCGGGCCGCGUCAGGGAGGUGUCGUGCGGGGAGCGUUACGCACUGGCCUUCUUCUGCCUGGACACCGCGUGCGUCAUGAUCUUCACAGUGGAGUACCUACUGCGCCUGCUCGCUGCGCCUAGCCGCUGGAAGUUCGUAAAGAGCGUGAUGAGCGUCAUCGACGUGGUGGCCAUCAUGCCUUACUACAUCGGCCUGGUCAUGACGGACAACGAGGACGUCAGCGGCGCCUUCGUCACGCUGCGCGUUUUCAGGGUCUUCCGGAUCUUUAAGUUCUCGCGACAUUCUGCGGGACUUCGCAUCCUGGGCUACACGCUGAAGAGCUGUGCGUCAGAACUGGGCUUCCUGCUCUUCUCCCUCACCAUGGCCAUCAUCAUCUUCGCCACUGUCAUGUUCUACGCCGAGAAGGGAUCCUCGGGCAGCAAGUUCACCAGCAUCCCUGCGGCCUUCUGGUACACCAUCGUCACUAUGACAACGCUGGGGUAAGUGUUACUGAGGGUGUGGUGUGGGCGUGGCUUUGGGUGUGUCACUGUGGACUAAAGAAGUUGAGGGCUGCUGGUUUAGUUUAGUGGUUCUCAACUGGUCUCACUUAUAUGACUUAUGCAUUUCAAAAUAAGCAAUUUUUCAAAAUAAAAGACAUGUCAAAUGCAUUGAAUAUUUACUUUUUUUACCAGCUAUUCGCGACUCAUCUAGAACGUGUCCGCGACCCACUUUUGGGUCGGGACCCACCAGUUGAGAACCACUGGUUUAGUUGAUUCUCUAAAGUUUGGAAAACCUGAGUCAGUUUUCAGAGUUUUGGUUCAUCACAGGAGUCAGUUUGGUGAUUUGACCCCAUGUUUACGUCUUUAGUAAAAACUGUCUCCUGUUUCUCAUCGAGGGUAAACCUGUUGAAUCAGAGAUCAGUGUGAGGAUAUGACAUUUUGAGAGGUCUGUCCUUCUGUGUUUCCUCAGUUUAAACUUGUUUUAAGUCAAGCCUCACUCUCAAAACUUCGGGCCCUCAGUGUGUGUGGACUCGGGUUUGGUGUUUCUGGAGGACGCAGGUUAAUCUGAGCUGAGGCCUUUGAGUUGUUGAAGCUCUGAGGUUUUCAUGAAGCUGAGUAGACAGACAGACUUUUUUACUGGUGGUUACUGUGAACUGUGUGACUGUGUUUUGUUCUGUUUGUGUUUUCAUUCCUGCUGGCAGUAAGAUAAAUUGCCCCUUGGAGAUAACAGGGUUUACCUUAACCUGAACCCUAACAGACACUUGAAUUUUCACCCGCUGUUAAAUGUGGUCUGUAUCAGGGUCAGAAACACUCCUCAUGAUCUGAUCUGAUCUGAUCUGUCAGUCCACACCAGGAUCAGCGACUUGAACAAUAAAACGCCACUUUAUUUACAAUCAUGAGCCUUUGCAUUCACACACAGCAGAAAUCUUCAUUUAUUGCAAUAGAUAUUUGUGUAUUUGAGCUGUUAGAUGGACACCUGGGUGUUAUAGUCAUGCUUUAAUAUCAAACUGAUGCAUUCAGGUGAAGUUUUAUGCAGUUGUCAGAUGAUAUCAGAGUAACCUGAGAUCAUUCAGAGAUAAACAAGUUGAGUUUUGGCGGAUUUUUGAUUCAGGUGAAACAUGAAACAAACACAGGUAAUGCAGGUAAAGAGCUAAACAGGAUAUUUCCAUCUUAAUUGUCUAAAUAUUCAUGAAAAACCCUCAUCUGGACAUCUUUAUUUCCUACAUUUUAUCAUAUCACAGUAAAAAUUGCAGAAAGACGGCCUGUUUUCUACCACAGCUCUUAUCUGUCCUCCUCUCAGUGCUGUCCUCUGACCUCAGACGGCUGUUUUCUGUUUUCUUUUUUUCCUGAAAAUGAUUUCCACUAAACUUCAAUCCCUGCAGCUCUGUGAAUGAUCUGAUUUCACAGCGAAAAUCUCUGUUUUUCAAACAGCUGCAGAGAAACGGUGGAGGUUUGAUGUCUCUCAUGUUGGUCCUCUUUCAUUGGUGAAAGUUUAAAAGUUGAAGAAAAACUUGAAAGAGUCGGUUAGAAAGUUUAAAAGUUUGAUCUGAAAGUUUUUUGUGUCGGAGGAAGAAAAAUAACUUCAAAGAGAAACGGCUUUUUCCAAAAUUACCUCCUUCAAUCGAAAUGAGCUGAAACUGGUUCAAGUCACAGUCAUCAAUAAACUCUCUCUCUCUUUCUCUCUCUCUCUCUCUGUAUGUGUGUGUGUGUAUGCAGUAACCCCUCAGUAACCUCAGUCUGCACUGAGCACGCUCCAUGCUGUAAAUCUCUUCAGUUGUAGUUUAAUUCAGUUUGAGGAUCAGUCUGUCAGGAAAUAAAAUCACACAAUCACACCCCUCCUCCUCCUCCUCCUCCUCCUCCUCCUCUCUCCUUUUCUUUUCUUUUUCCUCAUUUCCUUCUCCUCUCUUUCUUCUCCUCUCCUCCUCCUUUUCCUAAACUCUCUCCAUCAGCCUCUGGGUACAGUUACAGCUCAAACACAGACAUAUUUUCCUUCACGUCUCACAUUAUUUUUUAGUUUUAAUCAGCUGUUUGUGGUGUUCUGGUCUCUGUACGGGGUGUAGACGCUGAAUAGUUGACCGCUGUUGAACCAAAUACAAAGACUGACAACAGUUAAAGGGAUAAAAUUAAUUUAGGGUCAAACACACUGUAACACCGAGUUAGACACCCUGUUGAGAGAUGAAUGUUGCUGACCGCUUUCUUCUCUAGUUAUACCAACUUUAGUAACCACUGCAGGAUAGCAAUAUACAGUAAAAAUCCCUUUAAGACGAGGUGAUAUAAAAUAUAGACCCCCUGUCUGAAGAGCAAAAAGAAACAUAUGCAGCAGUUAGCUGAGGAGCUUUCACAAGUCCUGCUUGAGUCUCUGUUUCACUUGAACACGGAUGACUCUCGACAAACAAUAAAGACCAUUCAGCAGAUAUUCCUGUUAUGAACAAUAAAAGUAAAUGAACCUUUCAGAGAGAGCUCUUUAAGAACUGCUUACAAAUGUAAAAAUGUGAAUGUGUUGUCUGUCUGAGGCGGAUUUCUCACAGAUACAGACAGUUUUGGUCUCUUUGAACCAGACUACUGUAAAACUGGACCCACUUUAUCACCACAUGUUGGACAGGCAGCUGUAGAUGGAUCUGGAUCUGAGAAGGAGCUGUCAGGGCCUGACAGACACAUUCAUGAUCACACUUUGUCCCCUCUUGGCGUGAGUUAUGGGAUUAAUUGAACCACAUGUGCACUUGAGAGCAUGUGGCACAUCUAUCUUUUCUGGUUGCUCGCCUUUCCCAGACUUUUGACCUGACGUCCACAGAUGAAGAGUCUACUCACUCGUGUUUGUUUUGUUGGACUCUGAAGCUGUCUGGGUGUCUGUGUUUUGAUGCAAAUUGGUUCAUCAUCUCAUCCUAACUAGUCACACAUAAAUAGGCGAGAAGCACAAGCAAAAAGUUCCUCACAGAAGUUUUAAAAAGUACAAAUAGAGUAUCUCAGUGGUUGUUUGAUUCUCUGUCCGUGGUGCUGAAACUGAUUUUCUCAGGGUUUGUUUAGCCUGGCGCCAAAACUGCCGCACCUGUUGAACUCUUUGUGUUGCUAAAAUUGAUGUUCCUAUUGUUCGCUCUCCAUGGUGCUGAAACUUGUUUUCCUGUCUUUCUCUGUCCGCGGUGCUGAAACUGAAUCAUCUCUUGUUUUCUGUCUGCGGUGCUGGAAUCAAGCUGGUCUGUAAAAGUUUCUGACUCUCUCUGAGAUCAGCAAACUUUUAAAAAAACUUAUUUUAGCAUCCAAACUCUCUGAGCCUUUUUUUCCUAUCUGCUUUAUGUUUAUUUUUUCUUUAUUGUUGUAUCAGACUUUUCAGUUUCUGCUGACUCAUCAGGAACAGAUGACAGAGGACUUAGAAGUCAGUUUGUAAUUAUCGAAAAAACACUAAAAUGACAAUAAUUCAUGAUUCUAAUGCAGGAAAGUUAGUCUUGAUUCAUUUUUUUCACUUGAUCUGAUAAUUAGUUGAAAGUCUAAGCAGUCACCUUGUGUCAGUCUGGUUACAGUGAUCAUGUGUGUUUAAAGUCAGCCGUAUCCUGCUCUCUGAAUGGCUCUAGAAGUCUCAAAGUUUACAGACUGCUCCUUAAAUAAAAGUUUAAUUCUCUUUUAUUGAUCAGUAUGAACUCCUGUUGUGUGUGGUGGUCUGUAAACCUCAGCGUGGUGAACUCGGACAGGCUGGAUGUUGUUUCUGUGGCUGAUGUUGGUGAUUUCUCUGCAGCUGUUAUUUCUGUGGAGCAGACGGUUGAUAAUUCAUGAGGAACAAACAGGAGCAGCAGGUGAAGCUCCAGCUGAAGCUCCUGUAAGAUCACAGAGUCGGUUUUUAACAGGAAAGAGAAAAAAAAUCAUUUUUCGAGAUUUGUUUAGCCGCCGCUUCAUCCUCUUCAGUUCACUACAACAGCCUACUCACUGAGCUCGCCACUUUACACAGCCACUGAGAGGUCAAAGGUCAUCCUGUGUUUCCUUUAAAACAUCUUAAAGCGGAGGUUAACUCCUGCUGCUGCUGCGGGGACGAGGAGGUGAACGAAUCAAACACGUCUCUCAGAUCAGCUGGAGACGUUCUUGUUUUAACGCCACAGUUUGUCUGUUAUGUAAUUAUGCUAGUGUUUGUUUGCUAGUGUGUAUGUGUGCGCUUGUGUGUGUGUGUUUGUGAAAAUGUGUGUGACUCUUUUAUCCAUCAGCUUGUUUACAGCAGCUGCAGUCUGAUGUUCUUAUUGUUUCUGCAGCUUGUCGCGUUUGAAACACAAUACAGGUCUUUGUGAGGCAGUGUAAACAAACACACGCAUACACGUGCGCACACACAGGCACAUGCACACACACACACCUGCUGCUAUGAUCACAGGUUGUAUAACCUCAGAGGGGAGAAAACCUUGAAGCAGACAGUGAAGAUGUUUUUUGGUGUCGGUGUCAGUUUUGAUCAGACUGAGAGGAGGAGGAGGAGGAGGAGGAGGAGGAGGAGGAGGAUGAAGAUGAUGAUAAUAAUGAUGAUGAAGAUGGGCGGUGUGCAGUGAGGAGGAGGAUCCUUAAUAAACUGUUUAUAAUCAGUCAUGAAUAGCGUCUCCUCCCGUGUGGGCGGAGCUUAAUCUGGUCUGUCUCGAUUUUCUGUCAGCUUCUUGUCUAUUCUUUGUAGAUUUCCUCCUCCUCCUCAUUCUUCCUCCUACUUCUCCUCCUCCUCCUCAUUAUUCUCUCUUAGAAAAGCUUCAUAUGUUUGUCUUUUGAAAUCCGAAACCUAUUCUUAAUUGUUAGUGUGGUCCUGCUCUUUACUGUUCAUCAAUUGACAGUCAACACAUGAGCUUUGUCUAAAGGGCAAUGGUCACGAUAAAAUCUCAUGUAGACAGAAGGUCUCUCUGUUUGUAUGCAAAUUUUAAUAACUGUUUACCAACCGAGCUGAAACAACCACAACUCUCUGUUAGUCUAGAACAACACCUGUGGGCUAGUUUAGUGAGGAAACUCCAGCCGCUCUGAUUUCACACCUCAUUCACCUGACAAACACGCUCUUAUUUUGGCGGUCUAUGUAAGCUGACCCAGCAUAGUUAUCCUCCCUCACUGCCCUGCAGAUGUCAGAUCACACAAAAACAAGAGAUUAGAAAAUGGAUCUAACAGAGGAGAGAGUAGGGCUGGGCGAUAUGGCCUCAAAUCGGUAUCAGGAUAUAUUGAGCAGUUCACCUCGAUAACGAUAAAUGGACGAUAACUACUCCACAAGCUGCUCACCCCCUCCAACAUUAACUUAGUCUACUUCAGCCGCUACAACUUUUAACCGUCCUCCAUCUCCUCACCUGACUUUCCCUCUUUGUUAUGGACUGGAUUGGAUGGAUUCACGUCUCUGACGUAGGACAGCAUCUUAAAGGGAUAUUCCGGCAUGAAAUUAAGUUAGGGUCAAAGACACCGUAACACCAAGUUGGACAUCCCGUCGAGAGAUGGCGGGGUGACACAGCUCGAGGAAGAACAUUUAUGAUCAUUACUUUAUCAUUUCCUUGAAGAAAUUAUCACCAUAUUAAUCAUUUUGCACUGCAGACGCAGUAGUUCUUCUGCCUUAGCGUCUCGGUCUGAUUGCAUUUCCAUGAAGAAAUUAUCAUAAAUGUUCUUCCUUGAGCUGCGGCACCCAGCUGUAGUCCGUAAUGGACUGGCCCGAGGUCUCACUACAAACAAGCAGCUGCUGGAAGAGAGUAGGUGAGUUGGGUUUCAUCUCUUUGCUAGAGUGUGGUCAUUACUAAAGUUGGUAUAGCUAGAGAAGCAAGCGGUCGGCAACAUUCAUCUCUCGAGGGUGUGUCUAACUCGGUGUUACGGUGUAUUUGACCCUAAAUUAACUUCACGCCAGAAUAUCCCUUUAAAGGGACAUGGGACCAUAGCCUACCUACACACAUCCAAAACCAACUUCGAUUUAUUUAUUUUUUUGACAAACACAAAUGUGUUUUUUCUGACUGAACUGGAGGUCAGGGUUUUGUUGGUUAUUGAAGGGUUAAACAGUGAACAGAGAAGCUGAGGAGCCCUGUGUCACAUGUUGGGCUGUGUGCCACUUAUACCUAUACACAUACUGUACACCUGUAUGUAUGUAUAUGUAUGUGUAUGUGUGUGUGUGUGAGUCUCAGGUUGCAGCUCCCUGACCCGUCUGCAGACCUGAACAAACACAUGCAUGUUUUAUUCAGUCCAUCCUGACCUGCUGCUGCUGCUGUCUGCAAAAACUGACCUUCUCUGCUCCAACUAAUCCAGUUCAACAGGCUGCUGUCUGGUUAACUUCAUCCUGGUUAUUGACCAGAUAAUCUAGCUCUGGUGGACAGCUUUGAUUGGUGGUUUUAAGGAUAAAAAUCAGCUCUUAAAGACAGGAGAAAGUUGGUUUAACUAAGUGCAGCAGAGAGUCAGGCUUAGAGGUUUAGUGGACCGGUAUCGAGCAGGUUUCGUUUUUGUCCAUUCAGGCCAGCAGACAGCAGGAUUACGGGGUUGAUUUAUGUCCAGCAGGACAGGCAGGGAGGAGAUGGGCUAAAAGGAGCUUGGAUUGAGCUGCGGAAAGUCCAGUUUGAUUUGAUCAGACCAGAAAGAGACCGUCUGUUUAGUGUCAGUCCAACCUGCAGCAGCGGCAACUCUUCAUGCACGUUAAAAAAGCUUUUAUAUUCCAUUCCCAGUUCCCAGGACACAGUGGACGACUUAGUUUCAGUCUGAAAGAGCGACAGAGGAAGAGCUGCAGGUGAAGCAUGUUAAUCAAUCUCUGGUACCAGCUCCUGAUCUUUACACCUGCUGGUAUCGACCUCCAUGUUGAAGCGUUUCCUCUUUGCCGGCUUGACAACUUCCUCUCCUCCUGUAUUCGCUCCUCUGUCUCCUCCUGUGUGUGUGUGGGAUGAGCCGUCUUUAAUGCCGCUAAUUAAAUUAAUGCAUUAGCCGCUCUGAACACACACCCUGGCUCUGUCUGUGUGUGUUAGUGAUUAUUUUUAAUGGGCUCUGUAAUGAAGCCACCUCAGAGGAGCAGCCGAGCGCUGAAGAUGGUUUGUGUCGUCAGAUCGUCCCUGAACGCUGCUCCUGUUUAAUUUGGAAAUGACCGUUUUAAUGACACUCAGAGCGACGCAGAGACGACUGAUCCUGGACGCUACGCAAUUAGACCGAGCUGAUGAACGCUCUCAUUAGGGGGAGGAGGAGGAGGAGGAUUUGCAUAUUUGGAGAGUGAUGAGGCUUUUCCAAAAAACCCCUCAGACUGACAGCCCAGACGGAUGGCGCUGACCUGGAAACUACAGUCAGAGCUGAACGAUCGAAUCAGAGAGAGCCGAGGUUAUACUGAGGAGGACCUGCUGCACGUUAAAGCAUCGCACUGAUCUCAUCAAACAGCAGACAGCAAAGUUCAAACAUCUCUUAUUGAGGACUUUCACUGUUUCCAGGAACAUCAAUUAUUAACGUCUGACAGCUGACUUUAAAAAGUCCUUCUUUACUUUGACGGUCUGAUCCUGGAGUUCAGUUUGAACCUCGUUUGUGGAUGCAGAGAUGAACUGUGUUGAUGGAUAAUGGUUUUUGAAGUGUUUCAGAGCCCAUGCAGUGAUCACCACUACAGAGUCCUGUCUGUUUUUAAUGCAGUACAGAUCAGGUUGUUUUUCUCUGUGUGUGUUUUAACAUAAAGACCUUAAAGACACGAUCAUACUAUCACUAUCUGUGCUCCUUUCUUCCUUUUUUUUUCUCCAUCAAUCGUUCCCUGGAGGUUUAACUACCUCCCCUCCUUACACACACACACACACACACACACACACACACACACACACACACACACACACACACACACACUCCCCCCUCUCUCCCCCAUCAUCAUCAUCUCAUUCUCUUUGUGACGAGUCAGCCAAAACCAACAGAAACGGUUUAUCUGAGUCCUCUGUAAGAACAGGAAGGAAAAUAAUCCUGUGUGUGUGUGUGUGUGUGUGUGUGUGUGUGUGUGUGUGUGUGUGUGUGUGUGUGUGUGUGUGUGUGUGUGUGUGUGUGUGUGUGUGUGUGUGUGUGCUCAUUGAUCAGAGCUGGCUGUGAAUUUCAAUGACGGAGUGCUAAACACACAGCUGCAGCUCUCUCUCUCUCUCUCUCUCUCCCUCUCUCCCUCUCCCUCUCUCUCUCUCUCUCUCUCUCUCACUCUCACUCACACACACACACACACACAGAGUCACAGAGCCCCUUUAUUUAAAGCAGCAGCAGCAGAUAAAAAGAUGAAAACUCCUCAGAGACGGUGAGCUCUUCAUCUCUCCCUCGGCAUGCUGGGAUCUCAGAUCAGCUGAUGACAGCAGAACCAGAUCUACAGAGACUGGAGCCUAUAUGAGGGUCCAGAGGCCUGUUGUGGACCCCUUAGUUGUUGUAGUUGUGGUCUCAGAGUCUCCAUUAGUUCAGACCUGCUGCUGUAACCGCCUCAGUUAGAAGAGAACGGCUGAAGUCAUUUUUAAUCUUGUAAAAUCUCUCUGUGACUUCUUCAGCAGUUUUCCUGUUUGUUCAUAAAGAAAUGAUUUCAUUAUGUGUGGAUUUUUUUACAGCCUCUGUCAGCACUCUUCAACAGUUGUGGAUGUGGUUCAGUUUGCUCUGUCUGUAAACUGGUCUCCAUGCUGUGAAGGCUGGACAAUAGGUCUGGGCGAUUACAUCAUCGUGAUUAAUGAUCGUGAUAAAUUUCAGUUCAAUCACAGAGAUCAGCUGUGAGCAUAUUUACUGUGUCACAACAGCCAAUCUGAGUCGAGCUUUUUCUGCUCAUUUCUGUAAGUUGCCGGAGAAGUAAACAGAAGUAUAAAGAAUGACCGAUCAUGGAGCUGAGGGCAGCAAAAUAGAUGUCAGCCAUGACUUUGAGUCAUCCUCCUAAGAUAUUAUUGCUGAGAAGUUACUCAACGUCCGUUAUGUGUCAGUGGUUCGGGUAUCUCCAAAGUGAGGUAGAGCAAUUAAGCCAGUGUGCAGUGUGUGUCGGCGGUCAGUGCCCUCAAAAACCGGCAACACAACAGAUCUGUGUAAUUAUUUGAUGAAGUACUUCCAGAGUGAUUAUGCGGAAAGCAUGAAAAUGUGAGCGCAGUCUGCACAGCCUGUCACUGCUGACGCUGAUGACGGCAGUAGUAGCAUUAGCAGUUUAGCCACAACUAGCGGUGCAGCUACCAGACCAAAGCAGCAGUCAAUAGUAUCAUCUACGUUUACAUCAUCUAAUGUUUACAUUUAAGGUGUCUUCAUUAUCCCUGAGGGGGUGAUUUGUUUAUUUUGGGUCUUACAUACCUGCAAAAACACUCAGGACUGUAAACUAGUUCACUGUAAUAUUUAUCUACAUUUGUUGUAUUGUUGAGUUAAAAUGUUUUUUAAAAGUGUAUCUUACUCAAUUUGCUUUGUUAUUUACUUUGUACGUUAACCCUUCUAGUUUCUUUAGUUUUUAGUACAGAUGCUUUAAAACUGGCAGUUUAAAAAACAAACCGUGAUAAUAAUCGAGAUCAGACGAUAUGACAAAAUAUAUCCUGAUCUUUUUUUUUUGCCAAAUUGCCCAGGCCUACUGGACAAAGACAGGUUUUAUUCAUACAUUAUAUUUUCAGACAUCAAGUCCAUCCAUUAAAAAGAAACUGAGACUUUCAAAUCCAGAUUUAGAUCGAGGAAUGACUCUGAAACUCCAUCAGAUCUUUAUUUACAGUGUCCAACACAGACACAGUCGUCCUCCUCAGGGUUCUCAGGUCACUCUGAUCCUGUGAGAAUCAGAAAUUUGUCAGCUGUAAGCAUGACUCAGCGUUUUCCGGCCUCUGUAUCACCCCGCUGUCACAUGUGGUCCAGGAGCCACAGGGGGCCUCUCUGUUCUGAUCUCAUCUUAUGUCAGACCUGGACGCGGAUCAGGUUGCCUCCUCUUAGUGACCUGAUCUCCGCUCAGUCCACCACAAGGGGAUCUGUUCACUCCACAUGGCACCUGUCCGCACCUGUGACCUGUGGCCCCGCCCACAGACUUCAUCACACCUGGACAUAUUUAGGAGCCACAUGACGACACACCUCAACCUGUUACAUCAUAUGAGCCCAGAAGACACUGAGAAUCAUCAUGGGGUCUGAGGGGUGCCCUCUUCUGUCAAAUCCUGUUCCUGGCAUAUUGUGGUGACGGUGUUAGGUUCCACCCCUGCACCUGUCCUUGUAUCUCCGGCAGGUGAGGUUCGGACAUCCGAUCUGAGCAACUGAAUACAAGAUAGAUACUGAUGAGUCUGUGUCUGCAGGUGGGGUCAGGGUUAAAGCUUCACCUGAGAGUUAAGAGCUCCUCCUGAGGGUUGGAGGUUCCUCUCGAGGGGUUAAGAGCUCCUCCUGAGAGUUUAGAGCUUCACCUGACACGUGGAGCUCCGCUGGAUCGCCGGCAAUUCCACGUGACACCAUUAAUAUUGUUUACAGUUUCUCGGAAACUAUACUGUGUAUCUCUAUGGGAUGGAAAGUGUUCAAACGCUUACCCUUUUGGCGACCUAUUGAGGGUUUCCAGGCAUUUCUACACCUGCCACAAGGUUUACAAUCCAGCCACAAAAACAGGUGUUUGAUCAAAGACAUUUGAUGGUAAAUCCGUGGUGAUAUGCCAGUGAUUAUUUAUCAUAUUGUUGUGAUAAAAAAAGAUUGUUGUUGUUAAAUGCCACUAAUGUCUUCCGGGUUUGACAAGCUGUUUUGUUGAUGUCAAACUUUCGACCAAUUACACGGUCUCAUAUUCUUCUUCUAUUGUUCCCGUGAUGGUAGUGUCCAAUAAGAGUCAACCAAAGAUCAACAAGAGACAAGAAAGUUCCCUUCUUGUCAAAUUAAGAAGUAAUGGUCCUCAAUGCUUGGAAACAAGCAAAGAAGAGAUUAUGAGCAGUAUGAUGUGGUCUUCUGUCUCAUCCCAGACAGGAACUGCUUCUAGGAGUGGCAUAAACAACUGUAAAUAGCAAAAAACACCUGGAAGAAUUAGUGUAAAUAUGUAAAUAGUUUCUGUUGUGUGUUUGUUCCAAUCCCAAUAUUUCUCCUCCUGAUAGCCAAGACUUGAGAGACUGAUGUGAAGGUGAGAAAAGGCUCAGUCGCUGUAGAUUUAUGUGGUUUUUUGUGCGAAGUACUGUUGGUUUCCAUUUCCAUUUUUGAUUUUUGGUUGAUUUUGAUGGUUCUGAAUCUACUGUCACAUUCAUUUGACAUAAUUUUUGCACCCAUAGACUGACAGCUGAGGUUGUCCUGAAAAAAGAUGUGAAUAUACUUGCUGUGCUCGAAAGGAUAGAGUUGCUACAUAGAUUUUUACAAAAAAAAUCAGGCGGACCAAAAAUAGUAAAAUAUAGCUGGGAGUUCUCAGGGUUAAAGCUUCACCUUAGAGUUUAGAGGUUCCUCCUGGGAGUUGAGAGGUUCCUCUUAAGAGUUUAGAGCUCCACUUGAGACCUUGGAGCUUCACCUGACAUGUGAUAUCUUCACCUGAGAGUUUAGAGGUUCCUCCUGAGAGUCGAGAGCUUUACCUGAGAGUUUAGAGCUUCACUCGCUGCUUCCUGGAGCCGUUUUCUUGUUGGAGCUGAUGGAGCGUUUCCUCCUCUUUGUUUCGUGAGAUUAAAAACAGACUGGAUAACUCCCCGAGGAUACGGAGGAACAAUAAAACUCAAUAAAACUCAAUAAAACCCCAUAAAUGCUAAAAAGCAGCAUUCAACUGCAUAAACCAGAAUAAAGCAGGGUAAAACAGGGUAAAACUGUGAAAUCACAGGGCCUCAGAGUUAUGAAACAGGAUAAAAAUGGUAAAUUUGAGCAGCCACAGUUUUUUUUUGUCGGAGUGAUUGAUGAUCUGUGUGAAUACAGUCUGAAUAUUUUCGUCUCUUUUUGAUGUUUUUCUCAUUAAAACAGAAAUAAAUCCAUUAACACGUCCUCACUGCAGCGUGCAGAAACAGGAAGCACAUUAAGCGCUAAUAUGCUAACGCUGCUAUAAAUCUAACCAACUGUAAUAACUGCAAACAGGAAGCACGACUCCUACAGCUCUCCGUCUUUUAUUAGAACAGACCGAGACUUUCUGUUUUUAUGACUUUCUGUCUGCAGAGAUCAGACCUGAAACACUGCGAACAAUCACUCACACUGAUUUUCUAUUUGUCUGGAUUUACAUUUAACUUCAUUAUUAACUUUACAGUCCUCAGAGCUCUGCAGACUUCAUCACUUCAUCUGGGAGAAAUCUGAUCUUUCUCUCUAGACAGGAGGGUGGACAUGAACUUUAAGAUGACAUUUACUUCGACCAAAAACAGUUAAUGAAACAGAUUGAUCUUCACAUUUUUUUCACGGUCUGUCAUUAAAACCCAGAGAAGUUAAAAAAAAUGUGAAAAUUAUUGUCGCAGUGUCCUCUGAUGUGUCCGACAUCGAAGAACAUAAAGAGUUGUAAUUAACAAAGUGAAAUAUAAUCCUCACUUUAAACAAGAUUAAAGCCAUACCUGUGUAUUACCUGUGACUUUAUACUAUUGCUUAGGCUCAUUUAUAUUAAACUUAUUAAAUUAAUCCCUUAAUUUGUUUACUUGUUUAUUAGAUUAUUUUAGUUUAAUCUCACAACUCUUUAUUUAUUUCAGAUGAUUAUAACUUUUUUAUGAGCCUGUGAUAUUUUUCUCCUUAUGUUCUAAUCUCCUUAGUUGAAGAUCUUUCUUUUUUUCUGUUUCUUUGUGUUUAUUUAUUUACUUUUAAUCUUUUUUUCUUGUGCUGCUUGUGUUUUUUAGAUUUCUCUCCGUUUGACUUGUUCAUUUUUUAUUCAGUUUCCCCCUUGAGUUUUUGCAUUUUGCUUUGGUGGUCAAAGCUCUCAGUAAACAUUUGUUUUUAAAGGUGCUUCAUUAAUAAAGUUAUGAUUAUAAUUAUUAAUUCAGUGAGCAGACUCUGUUAAAGGUAAUACCAGUGCAUAAAAGUGUCACGAGCAGAGCAAUGAUAGAAAGAGUUUGAUUUCUUAAACAAAAAGUAAAUAACACCGUACGAUGAAAAUAACAGAGGCUCUAGAGUCGAGCCCUGUGGGACGCCACUAGGGGUGUCCCGAUACAACUUUUUCACUUCCGAUACGAUACCGAUUGUUAGAGCCAUUUGUGCACUACUAAUAAUUUGACAGAUAACUGAUCGUUUUUGUUAUUUAUCCUGAUUAGAAUUCUGAGAGACUGAACAGUUGUAUAGUUUUACUUUAGAGUUUAAUUGAAGCCGAUUACUACUGCACCUCUCCUAUUGGACGAGACAUGUAAUGUGAGACCUUCGGGUUUUUCUUGGGUAAUUAGUGCAGCUGUGGGUCUUUAAGAGCACAAUAGUUUUUGACUGUGUUUACAUCGGGUCUCGAUUUCAUCAUUAUUAUUUGUAAAAAGUAUUGUUUUGUUAUGCAAAGUAAACCUCCAAGUAAAUUCAAGAAUGGAAAGAUCGACGACUAUAGUGUUUUAUUAUGGAGAUACAAAUCAACUACAUGUUCUAGUGCGUCACCUCAGAGGGUCUUCAAUCAUUAGAUGGUGCUGCACUCGCAUCGAUAUUGUAGCCUUAAGUAUCUACCGAUACUGAUAUUGUAGCCUUCAGUAUCAGCCGAUACAAAUAUUGAUCCACAUAUCCACAUUGGCACAUACUUGUGCAUGACAAGUUUCUUACUCAGCUGCAACGUCUUUUUCAGACUUUAACGAAAAUUACUGCCACACAGCCAGUAUCACUCCUACUCCUUGCUACUUUUUCAGUACCUUAGUACACACUGUUGUUGUGAUCGCAUGGGCUCUGCAUGCUGGAUCAGGGCGCUGCUAGAUAGCAGUGCUGGAGUGGAGUCUGGAAUGGACUGCUUGUAUCGGAGUGCUGACAUCGGAGAUUUUAGAUGCAGGCCAAUACAAUCCAAUUUAUUUUUUUUUGGCAGCUAUCAGACUGAUAUCAAUAUCAUAUCACAUGUAAAAGAAGCAUGUAGAACAGUUUCCAGUUACAACUGAAGAGGUGUUUUUCUCUCACGUAUGGACACCUCUUCCCCGAUAAUCUGAGAAAACUAAAACCUGGUCUGUUCGAAUUCCUGCAGGAACUUUCAGGGAAACUAGCAUCACCUUUAUCCUGAUUUGACCUGAACUUGUGUGAAUAGUAUUUUCAGACAAAAACACUUUGGUGUAUGUUAAUUUUAUUAGCUUUUUAAUGGUCUACCUUAGUGCUUAUGGUCUUUUUUGUUUUCAUAGACUGUAAAAUAGCCUCAUUAUGAUUUUAGCAUAAGCAGCUAAAAACUCCUCACAGGAGAGUUAAAUGUGAAUUUUAUGCAGUGCUUUAGGAGGUGUACACCUGGGGUAAUUUAACAAAAUAAAAGCCCAGAAAUUAAAUGGUAACUUAAAAAGAAGUAAUGUGACUCAAAGUUGUAGAGAGUGUCUUUUUAAUCUGUAAUAACCUGAAAUCAUUUUAUAAAACCAGAGUUUUUAUUAUAACCUGACUGUUUUAUUACCUCAGAGUGUUUCUGAUGUUUACCUCCUGAGAUCCGUGUGUGUGUGUGUGUGUGUGUGUGUGUGUGUGUACAGCAGCUAACACAUUCAGGCAUUCAGGCCAAAGGUAGACGAGUUGCCAUGGUGACGCCCGGGACCUGGUCAGCUGAUUGGCUCUAAACUGGUUAAGUCAGAAAAAGAUGAUAUUAAACCGUCGAUGAGAAGAUCUGUGUGUGUUUCUGAUUCUGAUCCAACAUGACGCACAAACUGCUGCUUCAGGCUUUAUUUUACUCUUCUACUUUAUUAGUUUAUUUCUCUUUGGUUUUAUUAUAUUUUUUUAUGUUUUGUAUUCUGUCUCCAUUUUUAACAGUCGGUCUGUAAAAAGAAGCUUUUGUCCUCAGAGACUGUACAUGCUGCCUCUGUUAAAACUACCCUCUCUCUCACACACACAGUAGAGCAGACUGUCCCUGUUCGUAUAAAUAUGUAUUUUAUUCACCUGUUUGAUCAGACAGGUGUAUAAAACUACAACAAAACUCUGUGAGCACAUUUAUUCAACAUGUUUGUGCUCUGAAAAAGUGAACAAUAAAUGUGUCUGACAGUCUGCAGCAUUCAGAUGGAUAAAUACUGUAAACUCACACACACACUCACACACACACACACACACACACACACACACACACACACACACACACACACAUACUCACUCACACACACACAGACGACAAUAAACAGGCAGUGAGUCAGUGUCUGGACAAACUCUUGUCCUGCUAGAAUAAAUAAAACUCAGUGAGUGUGUUUGUGUGUCAAAGUGUUCUGGUUUCUGUCACACACACACAUCCAGAUGAGUCAGUGUGUGUGUGUGUGUGUCUGUGCAUGUACUUCAUAAACAGACCACAGCUUCUGUUAAUCAGAGGUUAGAGUAAAUAUCACUCUUGAUUGAUUAUCAGAGCUAAUAUUCAGCGUUGGGAGCAUUGUUGAUCGAUUAAUUACCAAUCACUGAUAAGUUAACCCUUUAAAUUUCACGUUUAUGUCAGAGUAUCAGUUUAAAGCAAAAAGAAGUCAAACUGGAGGUGAGCCUGUGUACUUUGAGUAGGGCUGGGCGAUAUGACCUCAAAUCAGUAUCACGAUAUAUUGAGCAGUUCACCUCGAUAACAAUACAUGGAUGAUAACUACUCCACAAGCUGCUCAUCCCCUCCAAUAUUAACUACGUCUACUUCAGCCGCCGCUCCAGCUGCUACAACUUUUGAAGCAUCUAAAAGUGACAUGAGACCAUAGCCUAGCUACACCAAAUAUACCAAAUAUAUUGAUAUGGGCAAAAUGACGUUUGUUAUUGUUGUAAAUUUUGGCUACCUUUAAGCCUUUGAGUGGUUUUGGUGUCAGAAAAGAGGAAUAGCUGCUGCCCCCUAGUAAUAACAGACUCUGGUUUGUUUUUGAGGAUCCCUCUAAGAGCUUUAAAAGAUUCACAUGUAUUUAAAGUAGCUAUUAAAGGGAUUUGUCAUUAUUUUCAAAAAGACGCUGUAUGAGUUUUAGGCUACAAUCGAUGUCGGCUAUCAUGGCCCCUUUCAAUAGGAAACUUCAGGGACCUCCUGCACACAAGACUUUGCCGCAUAAUUUAGCUCAUUUAGGGACUCUGACCUACUCAUCUCAAUUUAAGUGUACACUCUACUAUGGCUGGGUGAUAUGGCCUCAUAUCAAUAUCAUGAUAUUUUGAGCAUUUCACCUCGAUAACGAUAAAUGGACGAUAACUACUCCACAAGCUGCUCACCCCCUCCCACAUUAACCAUGUCUACUCCAGCCGCAGAUCCAGCAGGUAAAACUUUCUAACCGUCCUCCAUCUCCUCACCUGUCUUUCCCUCCUUGUUACAGACUGGAUGGGGUGGAGUCACGUCUCUGACGUAGGACAGCGUCUUAAAGGGUCAUGAGACCAUAGCCUACCUACACACAUCCAAAACCAACUUUUAUUCAUGUAUUUUUUUGACAUUGAGUAUUCGGAUACGGGCAAAAUGAUGUCAGUUAUUGUCAUAGAUUUCAGUAUUGGUAAAUUUUUGGUUUUUCACCCAGCCCUACACUCUACUGCAUUUACAACUUUACUUUAGGAGUGUUUUCUAGAAAACCUCUUUGGGUUACACUGGAGGGAGUUUUUGCGUCUCAGUUGGCAGUAUACAUUUUCCUGUUUGUUUUAUUUUGGAGGGUUUCAGCCUGACAGGGUGCAGGGUGAACAUUUUUAGAGCAGAAAUAAAUAAAAAUAAGAAAAGAGAAAAAAAACUAAACAUGUCUCAAAGAGAGAGUGUUGCUGCUGUGAUUUCUGCUGUGAAUAAAUCUGAAUAUAGAAACACAAACACAUGAUGAUCCUGACAGAGAGGGCCAGCUGACACGAUCAUCCUCCAAUCAGAAAAACAUCGGAGUGAGACGAAGACACUCUGACAGCAGCUGGUCCUCCUCCUCGUCCUCCCGCAUGAGCAUCUGCUGGACUAAAGAUCCUGAAAUAAACUCCUCAGUUUGUUUCUGCUGUCAGCCUCACAGCCAACAUCCCGUACUACCAAAAUAAAACUCCAGGAUAAUGAGGACGGUGAUUACUGCGCCUUCCUCAUUAUCCUGGAGAUUUAUUUUGGUCAGGCUGGGGACAGGACGUCACUGUGGAGGCUUCGGCAUUGAAAGAGUCUCAUAAUAUGACAAUAUAACUUUUUAUUACUGUACAGUGUGUGCAGUAUAAGUGCAGUUUAUACCGUUAUAUUACUGUAUGGUGUAUUAUGUUGGAGUUUAUUACAGUAUGGUGUAGUAAUCAAAGCUGUUGCAUUUGAGCGUCUGCUCUCCUUCACUCGGUUAAAUAGAAUAAAAAUCUCCAGCAGCAGCUGCUCCUGUAUUUUUAGCUUUAUUCAGAUAAACAUCAGCCUCUGCAACAAACACACACACACACACACAGAUGUAAACACAGAUCCUUGUGCAGAAACAGAUUCGGUGACCGUGUGUCUCUCCGUCUCCAUGGAAAUGAAUUGAAUCUGUUUUAUGAGAUUGGACACAAAGAAAAUAAAAACAGGCCGCGGAUGCAGCAGAGGGAUCAGCAGGUUAAUGGACAGGUAGAGGUGUUUCAGACUGGAGGUGAACCUCUGCAGAGAAUCUGUCCAUCAGCCUGUACAAACAUACGAACAUGGAUGGGUUAGUUGUUUGGUUGCUUGGUUACCUGCUGUCGGCUGAUUGGUCGAGUGUGUGUUCAGAUCAGCUGAUCAGGUCUGAUAUUUUAACCUGGUUUAACUUUGUUUGGAGUUUCAGUCUGAUGGUUCAGUUAGAGCUCCGCCCCCCUCAUCCAUCAGAGUUAACACACCAUUAUAACACCCUGACAGCUCUGUACAAGUGUGUGUCUAUGUGUGUGUGUGUGUGUGUGUGUGUGUGUGUUAUCCUAUCCUGUUUGUCCCUGAGGGUAAUUACAACAGCAGGUGUGGAACUGAGAGGAGAAACUCACCUUGUUUCCCUACGUAACGUCACACACACACACACACACUUACUGUGUGUAUGGAACAACAAUAGGUGCAGACAGCUGUUACCUGUAAACACCUGCUGAGCUCUUUGUGUCCUUUGGAGGAUAAACCCUCAGUGUUUGAUCAGUUGAUUGAAGAAGAAGAGGAGAAGGUGAAGAGGUUAAAUGUUCGAAGGCCCGUUUGUACCUCAGAUUUACCUCGAGGGACAAUAAAGCUCUGGACUGGGCUAAGCUUCAGGAGGUCUUGUGGUUUUAAAAAGGUUCCUGUGGGUUUUUUAAUAGUUCUUCGUGUUAAAAUGAGUCACGGGGGAGGUUAUGGUCUUUAAAGGGUUACACUUUGAUGUGGACUGCAUUAAGGUUUUCACGGUCCUGUUAUUAGACGUAGAGAUUAUUCAGGAGGCUCGGGUGACCUUAGGUGAAGCCGUGCCGGUGUUUUUAUGGUCAAUAAUGUGGUUUAAAUGGUCCACGUUUGUAGAUCUAUUGGUUUCAGACUCUCCUUCAGUCUCUGAGGAGUUUUUAGUUCCUCUGAGGAGGUUUGAUUUCCUCUGAGGAGGACCUCUGCGUGCUGUAUGAUGGUAUGAAUAUCCGAAGCAGUGGAUGCAGAAGUAUUAGUCCCUGGUGCGGCUGGGUAAUAAAUCAUGCUCUAUGUUAGUAUUCAGCCUCUCAGUGAUAAUGUGAUCACCUCUGAUGGCUGAGCUCUCAGUUUAUUGGAGAAAGCGAACAUUAGAGGUCUGAAGCUGUUUUCUUCUGAUUAUGUUGAUGAGAACAGCUCAGCACAACGAUAACGCUCUGUUUCUUCUGAGUGCAUGUGUGUGUGUGUAUGUGUGUGUGUAUAAGUGUGUGAUGUUAAUGAUCCUGUGUGUGCUGGGACAUGAUGAAUGACGUGCUGCUGUGUGUUUUUCAUUGUUUCUCUGCUUUAUAUCGAUCCCUCUGCUCUAAUGUACUCGCCUGUUUAAUGUGCUGCGGGAGAGCAACAGCUCUUUGUUUCUACGGCAACAGGCGGGAUGGGGGUUCGAACCCCACGCUGACUCUGAGUGAACCGUUUUACUUCAGUUUAUCAGACUGCGGGAGAGCUUUCACACUGAGAUCGGCUCCCUUUGACUCAUUACACUCAGAGAUACACACCAGCUGUUGAAUACCCCAGAGGUGUCGGACGCUGAUGUUUUACAGUGUUCGGGGGUCUAAGGCUUUAAAUUCACCGAGGGGUCAUGGUGAUACUGAACCCUACUGUGAGCCGAGGAGGCUGACUCCUGCUGCAGAGCUCAGAGGGUCAGCCAGGAGUCAUUCUGAAGCUGCUGAUCAAUAAUUAUCUACUGAUCAAUGCAUCAUCUGACAGAGCUAACAAGAGGUCAGCAACUGCAGGGUGUAUCCUCUGAGGAUCAGAAAUAAACACAUGAGGUCUUCUUUCAGUCUGGCCUGUAGAUCAGAGUGGUCAGAUGCAACUUUUCGACUUCCGAUACGAUACCGAUAUUGUAGCCUUCAAUAUUGACGGAUAACGAUAUUGAUCCGAUAUUGGCACAAAACUGUGCAUGACAAGUUUUUCACUCAGCUGCAAUUUCUUUUCCAGACUUUAACGAAAAAUACUGCCACAAGACCAACAUCACUCUUAAGUCGAAAACAUACAGGAUCCAUAUUGAGCGCGUUCCGUAUUUGCUCCAUAGAGCAGCAUUGGGUAUUGCAUACAGGAUGUGUAUUUGAAGUGUGGCAGCAGCGUAGUUGAGCUAAACACAUUUGUACCUGCUGAUCAGAGGGUUACCCGUGAUUUCCACUGAAUCCGGAACGGCUCGAAUCCGGAUUUGGCGGCGAUUUUUCGCCAUACGCCAAUUCCUACCGUCCUUCCUCGAUCCGUUUGUGAGAUGAAUUUCGUGGUGGAUUACGGACAGCGGUAAUUGCAAGAACUCACAAGAACCCGCAGAUUCACGUGCAAUUGCACAAGAACAAAUUGUCUCUUAGCCACAGAGGCUAACCAUACUAGCAGUAGAUUGUGUCCUUCCAGAGGAGGAAAUCUACUUCUGGAAUUAUAAAAUCAGCGUCCUCUCAUCCAUGGUGUCAUUGGAGUGAAAUGCUGUCUAAAAACCUUUCACUUGUUCGUCCCCGUCUGUCUGCAUGGUGUGAAAUACGAUCCUCCUGAAACACAGAGUGGUUUAUUUUGAAAAGAAGCUGGAUGUUUUAUUUUGUGUCUGUGCCCGAAUUCCUUUCCAGCACAAGUUAAUCUGUGCUGAAUUUAUCCGGCAUGCUCUGGCGUCUGGAAAAAAUAGAACUCUUGCGAUCAGGUGCGGAGUCCGGCAACUGGAAAGAAGCCGGUGGAAAUUGACACGUUAACUUGAAUAGUUAGGAUCAGCUGCGUUUGGUGGAUACGGCCUUUCUGUAGCCGUUCUGGAUGCAGUGAAAAUUGGGGGUCAGUCUCUGUAGGACAGAUGCAGGUCAACACAGAGACCUGUUCAAAGUGUCUGCUGUCCCUCCUGUCCUUGUCUCUCUCAGCCUCCCAAAGAUUAAGACAGUCAGAGUGAGUGUGCAGACUUUGGCCCAUUCAUCCUCCUGACGUUAUCUGAUGGUAUCACGCUCACCUUGGAGAGGAAACAUUAUCACAUAGAUAAAGACACGACCUGAGCUGCAGCGUCCUCCCCCUCCUAUACACCCUCCUCCUCCCCCCGCCGCAGGUCGACCUGGCCACCUGACAGCGAGUCGAUGAGCUAGAUCUCUCUGGGAAAAAGUGGAGGCAAGAGCUGAAGGAUAGCAGAGUUUUAGAGGAGACUGAGGAGGAUUCUGAUUGGGCGCCGGGGAUCAUGUGAUAACAGCUGGAGGAUAAAGAGGAGAUCAGUCCAGUAGUCAGAUCCUCGACCAAUCAGAGCUCAGAGUAGCCAGAGAUAUAAGAGGAGAGUCGGACUCGCUAAACUUACCUGCUUCAGGUCACAUGACUCAACCUGAGAGUGAAACUUCGAUUUAGAUAUUCAUUAUAUUGACUUUUAUUUACUUUUACAAACUUUUAAUUGCUUUCAAACAACACUUUCUUUAAUAAAGGUAAACCUGUGAACUUUUUAAGGUUUCUACUCUUUAAAAAAUCACUCCUAACACAGAGAGUUUAUGAUCCUUGUUUCACUUUGUAACUAAUUAAUUUUAUUUAGUAAUUAAUCCAUAAAUAAUUCCAGAUUAGGGUUGAACUCUGUGUUUUCAGCUGAUUUAAUGAGUGGAGGUCGUACGAGGACCAAAUUAAAGUUGGUUAUUUCCUGCGGCGGAAACCUGUUCACUAAAUUAAAGUCAUAAAUAAGUUUUUAUCUGCAGAGUUAAUCAGACUGAAGCUGCUGCUCCUGCUUCAUAUAUAAUAAAUAAUGUACACAACCCAAGAGAGAGAGUGUGUGUGUGUGUGUGUGUGUGUGUGUGUGUGUGUGUGUGUGUGUGUGUGUGUGUGUGUGUGUGUGUGUGUGUGUGUGUGUGUGUGUGUGUGUGUGUGUGUGUGUGUGUGUGUGUGUGUGUGAGAGUGUGGAGUCAGCAGAUUAAAAUGUCACAGAAGAAGAGGAGAUCAUGUUUCUGUGUCUAAACCUGAUGAAGGUUCGAUCAAACUCUGUGGUUCUAAUCAGGAUAAUUUAAAGGAACAUUCCGCUGAUUUUUUUCUCAUGAAGCUCAGUGUUCUGUUCCUGUUCUGUCUCGAGCUUAUUGCUGUAACUUUGCUUACUCACUGCAAAACUCUUGCCAACAUUUUUGCUGACCCAUUUCUGUUUGGUUGCUGACCUGUUGCUGACUUAUUGCUGACUUGUUGACUUUUACUGAUUUGUUUCCGGUCUAAUAUAUUUUCAGUAUCGCUUCAUCAUCAAAUUCAAGUAAUAAAAAGUUGCCAUCUAAGUUAUUGGUUGCUUGUUGCAAGCAUGUUGCCACCCCUGUGUACUCUCACUGCUGAUUUAUGCCAAAUUGUUUCUGACUUGUUGAUGAAUUACUGUUGAUAAGUUGCUCAUGAUUUGUUGCUGAAUUGCUUAGGACUUGUUUCUGAAUUGCUGUGGACUCUUUGAUAGAUUGCCCUUGACUUGCUGCCAGUGUGUUGUUAUGUUAUUGAACAGUAGAACUUGUCAUGUCAACAUUAAGGGGACUUGUUUUAUCAGUGUGUCUUCUGCUUUCAAGCUAAUUGCUUUCAGCCUUUCUCUCCCAGUUAGGUCGACAUGUUGCUGUCUGAUUGCUAUGCCGUUGGUGACUUGAUGAACAACUCGUUGCUACCUCAUCAUUAACUAAUUAGCACUACUUGUUGAUUUAUCACCAGCCUUCCUUUGGUAUGUUGGGCACUUGUUUCUUAUUAUGUUGCUUUGACCGUUCGACCUUUUUCUACACAUUUCAUACUCAUCCUUAGUUGCUGCCAGCCCCUUAUCCGGUUGUUGCUAGUUGCUGUUUCCUGCAGGCUAGUUGCUGGUUUCUGUUUCUUGUAGACUUGUUGCUGGUUGCUGUUUCCUGUAGACUUGAUGCUGUUUCCUGCAGACUAGUUGCUGGUUUCUGUUUACUGUUUCCUGCAGACUAGUUACUCUUUUUCUGUAGACUUGUGGCUUUUUCCUGCAGACUUGUUGCCGGUUUCUGUUUCCUGUUGUUUUGUUGCCGGUUUCUGUUUCCUGUUGUUUUGUUGCCAUUUCCUGCAGACUUGAUGCUGUUUUCUGCAGACUAGUUGCUGGUUUCUGUUUCCUGUAGACUUGUUGCUGUUUCCUGCAGACUUGAUGCUGGUUGCUGUUUCCAGUAGACUUGUGACUGUCCCCUGCAGACUCGUUGCUCUUACCUGUAGACUUGUUGCUGUUUCCUGCAGACUUGUUGCCAGUUUCUGUUUCCUGCAGAAUUGUUGCUGGUUUUUGUUUCCUGCUAUCUCGUUGCUGGUUUCUGUUUCCUGUAGACACGUUGCUAGUUACUUUUUUCUGUAGACUUGUUGCUGUUUCCUGCAGACUUGUUGCCGGUUUUUUGUUUCCUGCCGACUAGUUGCUGGUUGCUGUUUCCUGUAGACAUGUUGCUAGUUACUCUUUUCUGUAGACUUGUGGCUGUUUCCUGCCGACUAGUUGCUGGUUGCUGUUUCUUGCAGUUGUUAUAUUGCCCGCUGUAUCUUGUUGCUGAUUGCUCUCUUUUUAGAGUUGCCCCGAUUGAAAGUAAUCAGUGAAACAGUAUAAAUGAGUUUUAAUUUGUAACACUGUCAGCGCAGUGUGCAUAACUAUGAGAACUGUUUCCGUGAUGACCUGCUUAUUGACAUGUGACAUCAUUUCCUGUUUGUUUCAGGUCAGUGACAUCAUCGGCUGUUUGACAUAAAUGGUUAAAUAACCUUAAAGCACUCAGAGAGUCAGCAGAUCACUGAUCACAUGACCCCAUAGUGUCAUGAAACCAGGUGUUACAAGCUGGCUCACACAGCCUAUGAUGUACCUGUGUGUGUGUGUGUGUGUGUGUGUGUGUGUGUGUGUGUGUGUGUGUGUGUGUGUGUGUGUGUGUGUGUGUGUGUGUGUGUGUGUGUGUGUGUGUGUUCAGGGCAGCAGAGCAUGAACUGUAAACUCCUCACUCUACUGUAUCACCGAGGAGACCAGAUGGUGCUGCUUGGAGACCGUCUCCAAGGUGACCUGAAAGCUGCAGGAGGGCUAACCUGUAACACACACACACACACACACACACACACACAAUCAUAGGUCUUCUCUGACCUGGGUAUAUACCUUGCUAUAACCUCUGGGUGAUUUGCUGCUUGAUUUUUUAGAGUGAGGGGUAAAUUCUGACAUUUUGACUUAUCCUGUAUCAUAAAAACUACACAGACUGAUCAGAUUAAACUCAAGCAUAUCACCUUCUCUGACAUACCAUCAAACAUGGUGAUUAACAGAUCUUUGCUGUGACCUUUAACCUUCCUUAGACUGAGAACAGUGCGACCCUGAAACAGGAUUUGAUGUUCGAUGUGAUCAGGAUUUCUGCAGUGGUCAGCAUUGCACAGGAAAGGACAAGUGAAGAGAGGAGAGAAGAGAGUGAGGAGAAGGAGGAUGGGAGAGGAGAGGAGGAAACAUGAAAAAAAAACCUGCUUGUGGACGUCUGAUCAGAGUAUUCUCAGUCUGAAGCUGCGGCAGUGAAAUAUUCAGACGCUAAUCAAUGAUCAAUAACACCUAAUGAUCAAAACACUGUGAUUACUCCCUGGGGAUCACUCUGCUCUCAUAUGACCAGUUAGAGUGCUGACAUCAUAGGUAACCAGCCAAUGAGGUAGCUUUAUCUUAACAUAUUUAAUAUAGACUGUGUAGCUGAUCAGCUGAUAUUGAUUAACCUUUGCCCUGUGAUCAGAUCAUGCUGCUGGUCAUGUGACUGCAGUUAAAACACAUUUAAUCAGAUCAAUGAAAGUGAUCAGUUUUUUAUUGGGGAAGAGGAUGUUGUUUUCUUUGGUCCCUUCAAAAUAAAAGCUUUUAUCCUCAGAAUGUUCUCGCCUGUUGCAGGUAGUUCUUCCUCGGUAAAUCUUUGUGCUCUUGAGUUUCCAUGUAAAAGUUUCCCAGGUGUUUGUUCCUCUCAGUGCCUGAUCUGAUGAUGAGUCAGUCUCAGUCAGUCUGUUUCUCUCCGAAUCGUCUGCUGAGUGGGAAUGUGUGAAGCAGAGGAAUCAUGAAUAAGUCAGUUUUAGAGCCGCAGAGGAAACAAAGUUUGGACAUGUUUUACUCAAACUUCUCAGUGUCUGAGCGUUCAGAGUCUCAGCGUGUUCCUGAUCAAUAACUCCUCUUCACAUGUUUUAUGUUUCAGUUGAUGAAAUCAUGAAAACAGUCUGCAUUGGCCCUGAAGGGAGAAAAAUAGAGAAACUCGGCAUGCAGUAGCAUUAAAAAUACAACAAGAAAACAGUGCAGUAAAGCUUUAUAGUUCUACUCACACAUGCAAGAGGGCAGACAACAUGGAGAUCCAUUAAGAAUAUGCAACAUAUCUGAACAAUAGAGGAAUUGUUGUGAAGACACUUACAUAAGGUGGAUUAAAUGUCUGUGAGUGAUUUUAUUUUUGUUAAUUGCUGGGUUCUAAGACUGGUAUGUUCAAAGUUUUGUGUUCAAGACUGUUGGGUUCCAGAAUGUUGGGUUUCUAGAAUGCUGGGUUCAAGAAUGCUUGGUUCUGGGAUUGUUGUUUCAGAAUACUAUGUUCAGGAGUGUUGGGAUGUGAUAGGGUUAGUUCGAGAAUGCUCAUUUGUAGAAUGCUGGGUUGUGAAAUGCUGGGUUCUAGAAUUCUCAACUCUGCAAUUUUGGGUUUAUGAAUGCUUGGUUUUUCAUGCUGGGUCCUAGAAUUUGGGGUUUUAUUAAGAUAAGUUCUAGAACACGGGGUUCGAAAGUGCUGGGUUUUGUUAGGGUUAGUUCGAGAAUGCUCGUUUGUAGAAUGCUUGAUUUUAAAAUUCUAAAAUUCCAAUUCUGGGCUCUGGAAUGCUUGGUUGUGCAAUGCUGGGUUCUGGAGUUUUGGGGUUCUAGAAUGGUGAGUUCAAGAACACGGGGUUCUAGAAUACGGUGUUUUGGUAUAGUGUGCUUAGGAGUGCUGGGCUUUGAUAGGGUUAGUUCUAGAAUACUCAUUUAAAUUGCUAGGAUCCAGAAUUCUCAAUAACUCUGCAAUUCUUGGUUUUGAAUUGCUUGGUUGUGCAAUGCUGGGUUUUGGAAUUUUGGAUUCUAGUAAUCUGGGUUCUAGAACACUGGGUUCAGAAGUGCUGGGUUUUUGGUAGGGUUAGUUCCAGAAUGCAUGGGUCUAGAAGGCUGGGUUUUGAAAUGCUGGGUUCUAGAAUGCUGGGUUUAAGAACAGGGUUCAGGAGUGCUUGGCUCUGAUAGGGUUAGUUCUAAAAUGCUUGGUUCUAGAAUGCUGGGUUUUAAAAUGCUGGGUUCCAGAAUUCUCAACUCUGCAAUUUUGGGUUUAUGAAUGCUUGGUUUUUCAUGCUGGGUCCUAGAAUUUGGAGUUUUAUUAAGAUAAGUUCUAGAACACGGGGUUCGAAAGUGCUGGGUUUUGUUAGGGUUAGUUCGAGAAUGCUCGGUUGUAGAAUGCUUGAUUUUAAAAUUCUAAAAUUCUAAUUCUCUGGAAUCCUUGGUUUUGGAAUGCUUGGUUGUGGAAUGCUGGGUUCUGGAAUUUUGGGGUUCUAGAAUGCUUUGUUCUACCAUGCUGUGUUCUGGAGGUCUUUGAAGUGUCAGAAAGAGACAGUUGCUCAGGUGAAAUGUUUAAGAUAAAAGCAGAAGUUAAGGUUUUCAAAGACUCCAAACAGAGAUAUGAAAAGAGUUUUUGAGUUUAAGUCAUGGAGAGACUAGAGAGCUAUCAGAGGAAGGAGAAACAGACUGGACCACAGGGACAGAAACUGAAUACACCCCCUUUUAAUAGUUUUACAAAAAACAAACUGCAUACAUACUGCAUAAGAGAUUUUUUGAACUCUUUCAAGUCGAGUAGAGGACAUCUGAAAAGAUGUGGGUGAUGCAUAAAAGUGGAGGAGUGAAAGAAGACACUCAUACUAAUGCUCAGUCUUUAUUGGUUACUCUGCUGCCUGUUUGACCUAAUCCAUGACCUUCUGUCCUCUCUUGUAUUGAAAUAAGUGAAAACCAAAUUGAACAUAUUUGGUGGUCUUCAAAGACAUCAACUGAACAUGAAGACAUCUCCUCACCUCUGUUCAUCAGUGUGUCUGAGUCCUGUAUGAACUUAGCUUUUAACCUCACAGUGCUUUUUAAAAUGAAAUUACUUUAUGAAACUCCUCCAGCCUUACAGUAAUUUGAAAUUUAGUCAGUGUGCUGACAAACCGAGCUGUGGUUGUAUGUUCAGCUCUGAGUCUGGGACUUAAGUUUACUCAUUAUCUCUACAAGAGGAAACAGAAGGAAUAUGCUGCACUUAUUCUGACUCUUUAUCAAUGUUUUAUUCUCAUAGUGUCAUAUUUAAUUAUUCACCAUAUUCAAAUAUAAUCAGAGUUUUAACAAACCAAACUGACUCUUUGUAAUUGAGUUCAAACAGGAUGUAUUUCAGUCUCAAACUGAACUGAACCCUGCAGUAGUUUCCUCUCAGAGAGUGUGUGUGUGUGUGUGUGUGUGUGUGUGUGUGUGUGUGUGUGUGUGUGUGUGUGUGUGUGUGUGUGUGUGUGUGUGUGUGUGUGUGUGUGUGAGUGAGUGUGUGAAUGUCAUGGUGUGUCUGACACCGGAUCAGCUGACACGUUGUUCUACCUGCUGAUUCACACCUGAGGCCUCGCUCUCCGCUGACACUCUCACAUCACACCUGUCUCUCACCUUUCCUCUUCACACGCUCUGUGUAUUAAGUGCAAAGUCAGAGUCUCUGCCCACCAAACGUGCUGCCCUCAUCUCUGGAUCUUCAACCCACUCUUUUUACAUUUCGUGCAAACAAUCCGCUUCACGCUCAGAAACUGUGUUUGUCUGUAAAAACUUAUUAUAUUUUCACUAAAAUCAGUUUUUUCUUGAUACAAUCAGAUCUCUACAGAGAGGAGGUGAAGUGACUGACAGAGACACAGAUCAGAGCUGACAGGUGGAGGUGUGAAGUCUCCUUUCUUCUUCUUCUUCUUCUAUUUGUUUGUUUCUCCCCAAACACGCUGUGUGCUCAUCACGCCGUCAUUACUCAGAUAUUACCCACAAUCCCAAGCUAUGUGUGUGUGUGUGUGUGUGUGUGUGUGUGUUUGAUUUCGCCUCUCUGCUGUCGUGUUUUUCUGUGUGGAUAACGAGCUGAACACGCAUAAUUGAACAUGUUCAUGGUGUGAUGCUCUAACACAUGUGCAUACUGACAACAUGCUAAUUCAGACACACUCAAUCACUCGCACACACGGACCUAUAAAUAAAGUGAGGAUGAGAAUCCAGCAGUUAGACGGAUCCUCAGCUGACAUGUUGGCGGUUAGACGCAGAGUUGAACACGCUGCACAGAUUGAUCUCUCCGAGGAUGUUAAUGAGAAACACUAAACUGCCUGAUUUCUCUCCAUCAUGUGUUCAGAUCUUACUGAGAAACCUGAUCAGAGUCUUGUUCGUGCUAAAGCAGAAAUCUUAGCGAUGCCGCUUAUUAUUUCAGGGUGACUUCAUCAUCUUUUCUGAGCUACUUUGAUCUAUGAAGUAGUGACAGGAUAUGUCUAAAUUAUAGGUUUGUUAUUCAGUUGUUCAAAGGGUUUUUAAUAGAGAUCGUCUGAAUGACUGGUUUUGCUUUUUAAUAUUUUGAAAUUGUGUGUCUCUCUGGAUAAAUGACUCCGAGGAAGCUGUAAAAGUCUUCAUGCCUCUGGGAGGAUGAUGGAGGUUUUCAGUCGUCUCAUUAAUUUCCUGUUUUUCAAAUAAAAAUCUGAUUAUUGCAGUUUUCCCUCCCGCUGCUCUUUGCAGUCAUUAUUCAGACAGAAGCUGCGGCUGACAGAGCUGCAGCUUUAUCCUCAGAGUUCAUUUUAAAGUAACGUCAGGAUCAGUGAGGGUAAAACAUGUAGAUAUUAGUUUGACUGACACACAUUUGACAUUUACUCUUUACACUUUAUUGCUCUUGGGGCAGUUUUCUUGGGGUUUGUCGACUUAUCGGCUGCUUUAACUCUUUAUUCUCUUCCUCCUCAUCCUCUGUUUCAGUCUGCUGUGAUGGAGGCUGAUGUUCAGAGCUGCUGCAGACUCUGAGUGUGUGUGCGUAUGUGUGUGUGUGUGAGGCGGUGGUCUCUGGUGUGUGUAGGGGGUUGGUUUCCAGCCCGAGGGAGCUCUUACUCUCUCUCUCUCUCCCUCCACAAACACUCUCUCUGUUUUUCCCACUCUGAGCUGAGGCAGCAGGAUGGUCUUGUUUUAAGGAUGUUAAUAAAAUGUCAGAAUCAGACGUGAACAGAGACUUUCAACUGAUUUAAAGAGGAGACACACUCUGUACGUAACCAUGGAAAGUUGUUCUUUCUUUCUUUCUUUCUUUCUUUCUUUCUUUCUUUCUUUCUUUCUUUUUUCUUCCUUCCUGUCUUUCUUUCUUUCUUUCUUUCUUUCUCUCUUUCUGUCUUUGUUUCUUUCUUUCUCUCUUUCUUUUUUCUUUCUUUUUGUCUUUCUUUUUUCUAUUUCUCUUUCUUUCUUUCUUUCUUUGUUUCUUUCUCUCUCCCUUUGUAUCCUUCUCCCUUUCUCUUUGUCUUUCUCUCUUUCUGUCUUUCUUUCUGUCUUUCUUAUUUUCUCCCUUUCUUUCCCUCCUUUCUUUCUUUCUUUUUCUGUUUCUCUUUCUUUCUUCUUCCUUUCUUUCUUUCUUUCUUUCUUUCUGUCUUUCUUUCUUCCCCUUUCUUUCUUUCUUUCUUUCUUUCUCCCUCCCUUUCUUUCUCCCUGUCUGUUUUGCUUUCUUUGUCUUUUUUCUUUCUCCCUUGUUUUCUCCCUUUCUUUCUUUCUUUCUUUCUUUCUUUCUUUCUUUCUUUCUCCCUUUCGUUCAUUCUACCUUUCUACCUUUCUUUCUAUCUUUCUCUCUCCAUUGCUUUCUUUCAUGUAACUGCAGUUUGAUAAGUCACUUUGCUCUGAUUGGCUGAAUCAAGCCCUUAUAAAUAACCGCUUUAUGAUGAGACGCCGCUGCCCUCUGAUUGGUUGAAUUAAGUUCUGAUAAAUUACAGCUCCACUGCAGAGCGCUGACAUGUUAAUCUCAGCUCAGAGACUCUUUACAUCCCAUCAUCCUCCAUCCUCCUCAUCCUCAUCAUCUUCUUCCUCUUCUCUUGUGCUCAGGAUUAUUUCUGACAGAGGUCACAGUAUGGGGUCAGCAGAAGCAGAAAUAUGAAGGGAUCAUCUUUCUAUGACAGUGUGCCAUACAAAUGUAUAUUCAUAUAUUUAUUCUUUUUUUAGAUCUCAGCGUCUUGUUAAUGAUAAAAUAAAGAGAUUCUGUCAAGUAUCAGAGGUUCAGUUUUCAUUUUUCAGGAGGGAAAAAUACAGAAAUUGUACAGAUAUUUCUUCACCAGCUGUCUAAAAAGUCAUUUCUUAUUUAAAUAAUUUUAAAAGCUUUAAUAAUCUGCAGAUUUAUGAUAAAUCUGUGCAAAAGUAUUUAUUUUAAAUCCUUUUUUCUUCAGAUUUCCUAUGACUCCCUCUCUUUACACUUUCCCCCACUCUGACUCAGACUGAGCCUCUUCUCCUUGUUGUAUUUUUGUCUGUAAAUCUACUUUUUCUCUUCGUUGUUGAUCUUUAUUUCUCUGCAGUUUUCAGCCCGGUAGUUUCCACAGCGGUGCCCGGCUAAUGUGAAGUUGUCAAAGGUUUUAUUUCUGAGCUCAGCUGAACUCUGGAGUCAGAGGGAAGUCAUCAGGAACAUGUCGGGUACACAGAAAUAAAAUAUGUGCAUUUUUAUUCAGAUUUCUGCUCCUGUCCUCCAUCCUCCACAUUUUUAUUCUUUUUGAAAACAUACAGGAGGUCCCCGCUCUGCACAAACAAACUUUCAAACUCAGACAGUGAAAAGAAAUAUUCUCUGAAAUACUCUGAAUUAUAAAGAGCUCAGAGUUCGAGACAGAGAACAGCGGACUCCAAACUUAAAGAUUCAGCCAGCAGGCGGAUGGAAAGUGUCGCCUACAGGCAGUUAGCCUACUAUGACUACUUCUCCUUUCUUCAAGACUAAAAAGAAAAGUUUGAUUUGAAACUAAAUAAAGUCAUUGAUUUAUAAAGGGUUCAUCUCAUGGGGAGCAGCAACAUCUGCAGAUAAUAUCAGCUGUGAAAAUGUAAGAAUAAAUGUAUUCAUGUUUUUAGGAUCCCCAUUAGUUAUUACCGCAGUAACAGCUAUUUUUCUUUGGGUCCUCAUUGUGUCUAAUUGUGUCUGUCAGAGAACACUUAAUAAGCUUGUUUUGAAAGGUAGAUGUACAAAACUGGCUCAUCUGCAUAAAAACUGAUGCAAACAGUCACACAGAUUUCUUAGUUCAAAAAUGUAGUGGUCUGAGUAAAUUACCCUGUGGGACACCUUUUAUGUACUCGUCUCUGCACCACCUCACACUGAGUCAAGUUCUGGUUCUGUUUGGUUUAAAGGUGCAGCAUGAUAGUCUUUAUGUCCCUGAAACAAAAAGACCUGAUGAUUCAAACCAGUUAAAUACUGUUGUUUGUCGUUGAUGCUUUUCUGCAGGACUUCAGGGGCUGCCAGCUGAGCUGCUGCCUAAAACCUGAACCUAAAGGGAUAUUCGAGUGCUUUUAGAGCGAAGUUAGAAGAAUUACAUAUAAACAGUAAGUUUUUUAGCUGCAAUGGAUGUUGGUCAGCUAGACUUCCUUCACUGAGAAACUGCAUGGGGAUCCGCUGCGCAAGCUAGGCCACAUUUUUUUGCAGAUGGGGCAACUCUGAGACAUCUGGUGGCAAAGUGCGACACAUAUUUUCAGUACCAUAUGAACUUAAAGGGAUAUUCCGGCUAAAGAAAUUAGGCAAAGCUAAAAAGAUGUUUGGUUGAGUGCGUGGCUCUCUGUAUUGCUAUCGUGCGGUCGUUACUAAAGUUGGUAUAACUAGAGAAGCAAGCGGUCGGCAACAUUCAUGUCUUGACAGGGUAUCUAACUCGGUGCUACGGUGUGUUUGACCCUAAAUGAAUUUUACGCUGAAAUAUCCCUUUAAACUGAGAUGAGCUCAGAGUCGCCCUGUUUUUAGAAAACUGUAGCCUAGCUUGCAUGCUGGCUGUCUUUGCAGUUCCCCAUUAAAGAGGCCGAGACUAAACAGCGACAUCUCCAGUAUCACACUGCUGAUAAAGAGCUUAAAAAGAUCUGAUUUAGAGUCAGAUCUCUGAGAACAAGACUGAAAAACAACAAAUUAUACACUAAAGUUGAUGAGGAGUGUGUGGAGCGCUUAAACACAACAUAAACCGCAGUGUUAAACUGUAUGUGUCUCCUGGCUGCUCAUUAAGAAGCUGGAUAUCCACCUGUGAUGAUUCAGUAUCUCCUGAGGAUGAGAAACCUGUGCUGAGCUUUUUAAAAGAGAAAAGAAAGAGCUGACCUGAUUGGCUAAAUUUGAAUCUAUAAAGUUGGAUGUUUACAGAGUCUCAUUUUCACAGUUUCAGAUCAUAUUUGACCUGCAGGCUCUCAGUGUGAAUGUUGGAUCAGUUUAACACGCAGCUUGCUCUCUUCUGUCAACACUCAACCUCUGCUCUGCAAUCUGGCACGCUCAGAAACCGCAUCUCCCAAAAGGCUGAGCCAUUAUCUGAUGAUAGAGAGACAGAGGGAGAAACAGAGAGAAAAAGAAGGAGAGAAAGAGAGAGAGAGGCCGUGCCAGCUGAUCCCUGGUUCUCAGGCGUUCAGUAAUUUAACCCUCAGCGCUGAUUCAAUUAUUCACACCGCACAACCACAUGCGCACACAUCACACAGGAGGGCCGCAGGGUUUAACUACUGCUGAGUUACUCUGAUAUACAGUAUACACACACACACACACACACACACACACACACACACACACACACACAGCUGCUUUCUCAGUAGGAAACACACUGUGGAGUUAAUAUAUAGAAACAGUGGUAACAGACAAAGGGCUUUUAGUUCGGGUAUGAGAAGGUGUAUUUCCUGAAUUACAAGUUGCUAUGUUGAAUUUUCUUCAGUGUAAAGAUAGUUGGACUCUGAGACACUGUAGAGAAAUGUUCAGACCAAACUGAUUAAAGAAAAACUAGUCACAACUAAUUUUUGUUCUAGCAGACAGUUCUGAACAAUUCUUAAGUUUUCUCACAAGAUCAUAUCAGCAUCUUUGCUUACUGUUUACUUUCACUGAUUGAGUCAAAUUUGUUAACUUUGGCUUUUAAGCACUGUAAACGGGCUGACGACUCAGUUAAGACAGCUACAGUCAAACUGAGACUCAGUGAAGAGAGAGUAAAACUAAGACUAGGAGAAGACAGAUACAGUAAAACUGACACUCAGUGAAAAGAGAUACAGUAAAACUAAGACUUAGUGAAGACAGAUACAGUGAAACUAAGACUUAGUGGAGGCUGAUACAGUAAAACUAAGACUCAGUGAAGACAGAUACAGUGAAACUAAGACUCAGUGAAGACAGAUACAGUGAAACUAAGACUCAGUGAAGACAGAUACAGUGAAACUUAGACUUAGUGGAGGCUGAAACAGUAAAACUAAGACUCAGUGGAGACAGAUACAGUGAAACUAAGACUUAGUGGAGGCUGAUACAGUAAAACUAAGACUCAGUGAAGACAGAUACAGUAAAACUAAGACUCAGUGGAGGCUGAUACAGUAAAACUAAGUCUUAGUGAAGACAGAUACAGUAAAACUAAGACUCAGUGGAGGCUGAUACAGUAAAACUAAGUCUUAGUGAAGACAGAUACAGUGAAACUAAGACUCAGUGGAGGCUGAUACAGUAUAACUAAGUCUUAGUGAAGACAGAUACAGUGAAACUAAGACUCAGUAAAGACAGAUACAGUAAAACUGAAACUCAGUGGAGGCAGGUACAGUAGAACUGAGACUCAGUGAAGACAGGUGGGGAUUCAGUUAACAUAAACUUAGAGGAAAUGGAAUACAGAAGAAUGGAGGUUUUACAAAAAUACGGCCUUCGUGGUAGAGAUUUUUUUAAAACUUUGUCUUGUCAUUUUUUUUAAUAGUUAAAUCAAAGGUUUGGAAAAUGAUGAUGUCAAUAUACAGUACAAGACAGGUAAAAGACAUAUUGAAGUAAGAAAGACCACUCCUACAUCUUUAUUGCACUUUAACACAGGGUGAAAACGUAAACCACACUCAAAUAAUUCACCACUUCAUACACAGUUUAAUGAAGGCUUUUUAAGAUCAGAAUAUAAAUCCGUUAAUGAGAUGUUCUUCUACGGUGUUUGACAUGAUCCACUGGUUGGAGUUUGCAUUCUUGUCUGAACAGAGAAAUAUUUUGACACUCCUUGAGCGUGUUUCUGUCAGAGCUCCCUCUCUGCUUCAGUUUCUCUAAACUGUUAAUUUUACUGCAGAAACUCCUCAGAGAGAAAAAUCAGCCAUUUAGAGAACAGAGCAUGAUUAACUGAGCUCUGUGCUCUGUGUGUGUGAUGUGUGUGUGUCAGUUUGUGUGUGUGUGUUCUCUCUUUGUACCUCAGGCUGAGCAUUUAGUUUUUCUGAUGUUGAAGACAAUAAAAAUGAAACUGAGCGUGUGCAAACAAGCUCAGAUGUAGAUAAUGUGUGUGUGUGUGUGCAUGUGUGCGUGCACGUGUGUGUAUCCUCCAUGUUUAAUUAACUCUGUCACCCUUGAGGAUUUCAGCUCAUCCCCCCCUCUGUUAUAGAAACCCUCUCUCACACAUCAUCAUGUUCGUCUUUAUCGUCUCAUUUAUCCUCUAUAUCAAUAACCUGCUCUCUCUGAAACUCCCCCAACACGUCCCUUUAUAUCCUCUCUUAAAUAUGAUGUACUGUAGUUCAUUUUAAGAUUGAAUGUCUUUAAUAUGAUGUCGUUCAAUUCUGUCAUAUAUCAAAGCCAUUUCAAAGUGAUUUUGAGUGUGAUCUGUGGAGCACCUCCAGGUCUGAUGGAUCAGAUUGACUCUGGCACUUUUAAAUAGACAGUUUUCUCUUCUCUCUUUUUCUAUUUCAGUCUCCGGCGUGUGUGUGUGUGCGAUCGGUGUAGUUUUUCUGCAGUUGGACAUAAAUCCUGAGCGCAGCUGAUUGAAGAGAACAGAGAGCAGUAAAACACAGAGAAACAGCUCAUGAGGGACUAAACUGACCUGUUUUUUUUCUGGCUCUCAGUUUUAGAGUCUGAGUGUGAACCAGCUGAAGCUUCUGUUGAAUCCUGCAGCUCCAUUACUGUCAGGGGUCCGCACAUUUACUCAACCUUGAGCUCCUCUCGGCUCUCAGCUCAGCCUUCUUUUAUCUUCCUUUAAAGCUUUAACAGAAAAGAAGAGGAAGAGGAGGAAGAGGAGAGGGGGAGGGGGCUGGUGUUUAAACCCUCUUUAUCUCUCUGCUCUCCUUCAUCUCCUCUCUGCCGUACACCCCUCUCCUCUAGCCUCUACGGUGAAUUAGUCUCAUCACUACCUGCCUCAGGACUGUCACUGCAGGGUCCAUCGGACCUCUGAGGACCUUCAGACUCAGGAUCAGGGCCUGGAUCAGGUCUUGCAGGACUGGUAUAUAACAGCUCAUUUAUCUACAGAGAGUUAUUUUUAUCAAGAGAGUGCAGAGGGAGGAGACUCACCCUGAGUUCAAAGAUCCUGUUUGUGAUUUCACUGUUUAGAUCUAAAAAUAGGCUGAUGGUCUUAAAGGUCAGGACGACUACAGAUCAUGUUAUUAUUACAGAGAAACACACAUUUAAUAUAGAGAAACAAUAGUAAUAUAAAUAUAGUUUAUUUGUUGUUUGUUGCUGUCCGUGGUGCUGAUAUGAUACUUUUUCACAGAGUUUCUAACGUAAGGCUCUUUAAAAAUAAUCUAAACACAGAGUAAAUCAAAGCCUGUCUGAUUCAAUGUUACUAGUUAAAGGGGUAUUCUGGCGUAAAAUUAAGUAACACAGAGUUAGACAUCUCCUUGAGGGAUUUUGUACUGCAGACACAGGAGUUCUUCUGCCUUAGUGUCUCGGUCUGAUUGCAUUUCCAUGAAGAAAUUAUCAUAAAUGUUCUUCCUUGAGCUGUGAAACCCCACUGCAGUCGGUGAUCAACUCGUCUGAGGUCUCCCUACAAACAAACGGCUGCUGGAAGAGAGUAGGUGAGUUGUGUUUAGUCUCUUUGCUAAAGAAAUUAGGCAAAGUUAAAAAGAUGUUUGGUGGCUAGUGCUAUGGCUAGGACCCUAUAUGUACUGUUGAUGAAGUUAGGUGCUGUUCUGAGCAAUAUUUUUGGCUAUAGAGUGGUGUUUCGGUUGAGGUUUGUUUAUGGCUCCUCAGUCCGCUGUGUAUUGCUAUCGUGCGGUCGUUACUUAAGUUGGUAAAACUAGAGAAGAAAGCAGAUGGCAACAUUCAUCUCUCGAGAGGUUGUCUAACUCAGUGUUACAGUGUGUUUGACCCUAAAUUAAUUUCACGCUGGAACAUUUCUUUAAAUGGUGAACAGUCUGGGCACUAUGUGACUAUUUAAAGUGUGUUUUUAAUGUGACAUGAACACACAGACAGGAUUGUUACUACUUACACAGCAGAUUCUAACCUUUUCGCCUCUGGUGUUUGGAUUAUUUCUAUAAACUGCUCCUCUGUGAGUUAUGUUGAUGCUUGGAUUGAUGUUCAAUCCACUGAAAUAAUCCCUCCGAGCACCAGAAACCAUCAGGGACUUUGUAAACUAACAGAUGUGUACAUUUACCCACAAGGCACCCCUGUGUACCAUCAUCAAUUAUUCAAACUCUGGACACACCAGCUGUAUCAGACAGGAUCUGAUAUUGACUGUGCUUAACGGCGAAUAAAAGUUUGUUUUAAAUCUCUCUUUUAAGGUUUUGCUGCCAAAUCCCUUUGCUGUUUUCUGUACUGUGUGAAUAAUGAGUCCUAAUGAAUAUCUGUGAGGGAGAUGAUUGGCAGCACACAUUAAAAUACGUAUUUCCUUUGAGUUGUUUGUGCACUUGCGGGAAGAGUAAACCAUAAACAACAAUAUUUGCCAAAGCAAUUUUUGAAUGUACUUUUUAAAGAAUUCAAAGCUGAAUUAAAAAGUUGUUAAAACAGUUAAAACCACAGUUUGACUUCUUAUUGUUUCUGGUAAACCUACUGACCUUUGACCUCUUGACAGUCUCUGGUGGCUGAGCGGUGAACUAUUUAUUCAGUUUCAGGAUGAAAACAUUAGCAGUAGAUGUCAGUGUGAUUAUGACUCUGCUCCGAACUUGAAGAAAGGAAUAAAAAUACAGUUUGAUGUUUUGUUGAGUUGGCAGACUCUCACUUCGUCUCCUCUGUGUGUUUUUUUCAUUCCUUUCUUUCCCUGUGAGACCAGCUUUAACUUUCACACUUCAGAUCUGAAACUUCAGAAAUCUUGCCCACUUGGCUCAGAUUUGUGGUUUUUACAACCUAGAGCAGGUUUUCAGGCGGCUUUGGCUCCGAUCCUGACAGUUAUGAUGGAAAGUGCUCAGAUUCAUUUCAGCGCUGAGCUCUGACGGCUGCAGGAUAAUCAACAGGAAUGGAUCUGAGGUCCUCACCCAGGAAACGUGUUUUGAAUCUGAAACCAGGAGAUCAGGGCUGCUUGGUGGGGGGAUUGAACUCAGACCCCCACAGGAAACCUCACAGACCAGGGUUUAUACCUGUUAUUUUUCAGUGUAAUAGGUUUUUACUCUGGUAAUUUCCUGACUGCGGCUCAUCUCUCCUGCUGUUUGGCAGCCAAAACAGCAAACGUCAAACAUUAAACUGACAUUGCUCUGGCAGCUGGUUGAGUCUCAGUUGUCAACAUACAUCAGGAAAAGUUUGUGAUAAUGAAGCAUUGAGGCAGAAAGCGUUUGAUCUCUCCAGUGCACUUGUUGCAGUAAAUAAUAGUUUGCAGUGUGCUGAUGUUUGCAGCAUUUAGCAUGUUACAGCGGAGAGGAAAAACUUCCUUUAACAGGCAGAAACCUCGAACAGAACCAGACUCAUGUAAGACAGUCAUAUGCCGCUGCUGCACUGGGUUUGGAGAGGGGAAAGAGGGAGAUGCAGAAAGACAGGGAUAGACUGCUGUGUUCGUUUUCAGUCUGAUUAUGCAACCCUGAGAACAAAUUCCUGGAGCCUCUUUUCUGCACCACAGGCUUUAUAAAAGGCAGACAACAUAAUAGAUCCUAAAAUUUCAGUCUUUACAGUUGUCCUGAAUAGAGAAAUGAUCUUUAGAGGCCCAGACUGUUUUUGUCCCAGGCUGUAGACAUGUUUAUUUCUGCUGUAAAGUAUUUAACAUGGAGUUCUAUGGAGACUGACUCACUACAGGACGCAGCCUCUAGUGGACACUGGAGGAACUGCAGCCCUGACCUUGGUUUUGAAACACUAGAAGGCCCAAUCCCAAACCGCCCCCUACACACUCGCCCUACACACAACUCCUCCGUUUGUGCAUCCCCGCGAAUGCUCUGCUAUACUGACGGCCAUCCUAAACCACAGAGUGCGGAGGGCGAGUGGACCAUUCAGCCCUCCAUAAAGCAAGUCUGCAGCGAUGCACACUGGCAGGUAGUGUGCCGACAAAAAUGGAGCAGGAGGAAACAACAUACAAAUGUAAGUUCCAUGUGUGUCCAUCUUUGUCUCACUGACAAAAAAGCCCCCAAAAGACGUGGUCUGGAAAGAUCAAAUGCAACUCUGAAAUCUUACUCUGUGCUGAAGAUUGAUUUGAUUGUGCAGGCACAUGCCAAAUAGUAAUGGGGGUCAGCUACGUGUGGAAUCACUAACAAUCAGAAGUAUAAUUUAGCUCCUGUCACUGUAAUGUUUGCUGGAUAUAUGAUUUCAGUAGGACAAUGAAAAAACGAAGCAGCCGGUGCAGCUCAGAACUAUACAUGAUGCCCGUUUUCUUAAAAAAAGAAACUCUGCCAUUAACAGGACGCGUCUUUGUGUUGCUAUGGUGACGAAUCUUUCCGUUUUUCGGUAGAGUGAGGAGGACAUCCCAUACCCACCCGUCUUGUUUAUACCCUCCCGUUUCAGUUGAGGAGCACUCCAGUGUAACUUCAUUACAAGUGACACUCGGUGGUGAGGGGCGAGUGUGUAGGGGGCGGUUUGCGAUUGGGCUGUAGUUUCUGCUCACUAUUGCAGUGUUCUUCUUUGGCUCUCUGGCGCCCUCUGUGGAGGUUUCCUGAAUGUCCAUGUCUGUUUCAAAGCAGAUGAAGUUAAUUUGUUAAUUUGUAUUAUUUUGUUGGAUUCAAAAGUGGAUGAUCUGCUGGAUGAUGGGGGAUGCUGCUGUGUAGGAUAAUGAGGUGGAUGAUGGGAGUUGAGCUGAUGAGGAGGAUGAUGCCCUGGUGGUUGAUCAGCUGGAUGAUGGUGGUUUCAGCCUCUAACAGGAUCUGUGGUGGUCCUCGGGCUCUGUAAGUCGAUCCUCCUCCCUGACAGCAGCUCUUUAAACACUUUACAGUAAUUAGAGAGCAAGCUCGGGGAGAGUGAGCUCUCUCCGCUCAUUAGGAGGAUUUUCAUGCUCUGAAACCCAGCGGCCGCCUGCAGAGGUCAUAGGUCGACACUGCAGCAAGAAGACGACACACAAUCUGACUUUUCAAUUAGUCACACAGACAGAAUGUCACACAGUCACAGGGAACAAAUAGAGACUUACAGUGAUGUUUCUUUACACACAAUGAGACACAACCUCACUACUCUACUUCUCCAUCCUCUUACAGCAUCUUUCAGCCUGUUUAGAAUCAGGAAAAGGCUCAAAUCUGUAAGACAAGUUUGGCCAACUGUAGUGUGACUUGUGAGCAUAGGAAGCAGUUAAAUGUAGGGUAGUCAGGAUCUGAGGAAGUGCCAGUUUUUGGGAGAAAUCUUGAACGUAAACUCUACCCCUCCCAACCAGUUUUCCCCUCAGCUCCUCCUCUUCCCUCCAUCUCUGCUCCAGCAAGCCCCACCCACAAACAGACGCUCCUGCUUGCUUGUAUCGUUCCAAUUAAAUUCAGAUAUAAUGCAGAUAAAUACUUCAGAUAAUUACAAAUGGGGCCCAGUUAACGUGUAAGUAGAUGCCAACAGACUACCAGCAAACACAAUGUUUGCAGGACUUCUACAAUGAGGAUAAAGUGACAUAGUCCAGGACCAGAGGUCAACCGUUUAGCGGUGCUACAACACGCAGCAGGUCCAGUUUGACAAGAAACACUUCUGUUACAGACACUUGGCUUCCUUCGUUAAAGCCUGUCCAGCAGAAAGGUUACAGGGUCUGUAAGAUCCCGAAGCAUCCCCCAUCGUUUAUGCUGAUGUUGACCCGGCUUUUUAGCUCUUGUCCGGUCUACCUCCUUUUUGAAGCGCCUGUUAUUCCGCCAGAGUCUCCGGUAUUUACUUAGUUUUCUUGCUUGUGUUGGCAGUUGUGCCUAAAGGAGGAUUCAGACAAUUUUCCGUACUUUCUGGUUGGUUUCUACUCUCCGAUAUUGUAGCACGCUAACUUUGUUUGGGCUCUUGAACGACACUGGGGAGCAGCGUCUGCCUCAAAACCAAUCAGUUUGGGGGAGACGGGGAAUGGCUUUGCUUACAGUCAGAAAGAGUGGGCCUCAAAAAUAAUUUAAAUGUUGACUACACAAACAUAAACAAACACAGCGAUAUGGUUGUAUUACCAAACGUCAUCGAUGACUAAUAGCUAUUGACCGAUAUUAAAAGCUUUUUUGUAUAAACACCACAAACAAAGAUGCUUUUUUAACGGAAUCCUGCCUACCCCACCUUUAAAUCGAUACUAAGAGACACAAAAAGCAUAAUUACUGUGAAACAUAUUAAUAAAAAACAUUAACACAUAUAGCAGAUCAUCAUCAUCAGAGUGUGCGAUUGUUUUAAUGAGUCACAGAGGUGAUGAAACGACUUCAACUGAAAACUCCCUCCUGAAAUAUGACUCAGAGACCUCUGUUUGUGUGUGUGUGUGUGUGUGUGUGUGUGUGUGUGUGUGUGUGUGUGUGUGUGUGUGUGUGUGUGUGUGUCGCUGGAUUAGCUUGUAUUGUGUUAGCUGCAGGGUAAGAGGAUCAGACAUGGUGAUUAAACUGCCACUGAAGGCAUUUUGGGGUUUUUAAUCUGUCCAACAAACAGCCAACACACACACUCACACACACACAAACACUCACACACACAGUCACACACACACACACACGCUCACAACCUGAGGUGUUAUAUCUGCACAUAAAGUGAAGAUUGUUUUUAGCUGAAGGUGAAAGUAUGUUUUUAUCUCAGAGUUUCAGUUGUUGAAUUUGAAGCAGAGUGAGACAUCACUGCAGAGAUGGUGACAGAGUGAACUAAUUUCAGAUCAGAUCAGCUGACUGAUGAUCACCUCUUACAUCUCUGUAUUACAGGUGUGUGUUUUCUUUUUCUCCUCUUCUAUUUCUGUAGCAUCAAAGUGUCUGUUCAUGACAGGAAGUUACCUUAUUUUGGUGGGAAGUUCAUCUUUACUAGCCUGUAGGGGGCAGUGUCACCGAUCACACCCACAUUAAUCUCUCUGUUAUGCUUCAUAUGAAGAGCAAAGAUGAAGAGGACCAAUCAAACCCGUCCCAUGUUGGCGCCUCGUCCCGUCGAUUCAAACGUUUAAUAAUCGCUCCGUCUCUGCCCACGGCGUCCUCGUUCUGUCACUGGGGCGUGUCGUAUUGUCGAUGUGCUGUCGUGUUGUCGAUGGGCGCACUGACGGAUGAAGUGUUCAGAGCUGCUGCUCAGUCCAGUUAUCUCCGAUCAAUAAAUCAAUACAGCUCCACCUGUGAUGUCAUCGAUCAGCCGGUGGUCGAGCAGAGAUGGACCAAUCAGAGGUCAGAGCUCAGACGGAGACGGAUGGUUUUAUCACGGCAGAUUUAACCGCUUUCAGAGUGAUUUAUAGUUUCCAGAUUUCACAUCAAUAUCUCAUCUCUCAGUUUGAACCUUCAGACAAAAGACACGCUCAGAGUUUAAAAACAGGUUUAAACGACUUUGACCCAAAUUAUUUUAACUUUAUUUAAAAUUUAAAUGUAUUUAACCUUUAUUUUAACUGGGUCAUUACCUCUGAGAUACAAAAACCUCUCUUUUAAAAGAGUCCUGGCUAAGAUAGGAACUAGAAACCAUCAAAUCAACCAAUAGAUUAUCAGCAUUUAGAGGUGGAACAUGGUCAAACAAUCUUAGUAUUAAAAUCUUGUUUUCUGCCUCAUUAAUGAACCUCAACAGCUUUAAUUUCAUCCCUCCUGCUUCAAAUAUUUAUAUUUGCAGUUUCCUCUUUUUAAAAUUUGUAUCUUUCUUGUAGUUUGCAUCUUUUCCUUUACAUGUAGUCUGUUUCUCUGUAAGACAUCGUCAGAGCUGCUCCACUGUGUGUGUGUGUGUCUAUGCUGGACUCUGCACUGCUUUCUGUUAUAUAAGGAGGGUCUGGAUUGAUUGGAGCAGAGGGGACAGUUGUUGCACAGCCUCUUCUUUGCGUUACGUGCAACUCCAGAAUGUAAAAAUCAGAGAGCAUGAUCCACCUCCUGUGAAACUCUCAGCAUAAAUAAUCAGUUUUUCACAUUAGUGAGUACAGUACUGACACUGCAGGUGAUUUGACUCUGCAAACAUCAGUCAGACCAACCAGAGGAUUAAAUACCAGCAGUCAUUUUACAGAGCAUGCUCUUACUUUUCUAUGUUACUCUUAUAUCUUGUGCACCUGCAUCACCUAAUAUGUGUUUCUUUAUAUUUUUAAUGCAACAAUCUUAUUCACUCAUACAAAACUAUGCUUGAAGUUAUGUUUGCCAUCAAAUAAAUAGUAUCUCUGAUGUACUCUGUGCUGUUGAUUUCUUUAUGUACUAUGUCGCAAAAACAGAAAAAAAAGGGAUUCUGCAAAAAUGUUAGUUUUUCUUUUUCAUUCAGAGCGGUCUUCCCGCUCUUCGUCCCGCUGUUUCCUCUUCCUGUCUGUGUGAUCAGGAGUCAAAGGUCAGCCUACUGUCAGAGAGGAUAAUUGAGGUUUCAGUUUGUAAUUAAGACGAGAGUGAAGAUAAAUCGAGAAAGGAGCAGGUAGCUUUAGCGCCCAAAGGACAGACAGAGUAAUCAUGGACAGACAGAGGACGGACUGAGGACACCCCUCAGAGAUUAUUCAGGAGGAUGUAGAAAUAAUUCAGGAGGAGGUAGAGAUUUUUCAGGAGGAGGUAGAGUAAAACAAUAACGAUAUAUCAAAAAUUAAUUUCUCUCAAUAUCAAUAUAAAACAUGGUCAAUAUGCUUUUUGAUAGUCGGCAUUCUGACAUGUUUUGUUAGACUAUACAAAUAGCCAAUGAAACGGGGAGUUGCUCCAGGUCCACUUCGCGCUGAUCCAAUCAUGUGCUGAAUUAGAAUAAAGUAUAAAACAACUGCAUAGUAGCAGACUGCAGCUACAAGCAAUCAUAGCACUUUAACACGUAAUGCCGACAGCACUGUCGGUGAGAAAAAAAAGAAAACGAGUGCUACCCCCGGCAGAAAUGAAGAUGUUGGCUCAACGGAUGACCACAUUGUUGACAACACUGGUACGAAAACGUUGGUGGUGUGGAGGUAUUUGGUUGUUUUAAAGUCGGACAUGAAGCAGAGUAAUGUGCACUGCAAAUUAUGUCGAGUACAUGUUCUCUCAAAGCCGGGGAAUAACUCAAAUCUUUUUCACCACCUGAAGCAGUGCCACGCAGCAGAGCACGCACAAUGCAAAAGGUUACAAACCCCAAGUGGAGCAAGGAGCCCAUGGCGCCUGUGCGGUCGAAACAGCCGACCAUUCGGUCCGCUCUCUCUAGCUCAACGCCUUACGACAAAAUGUCAAAGAGACCCAAAGAACUCACAGAUGCAGUAGCUUAUUGUUUUGCAAAAGACAUGCCACCAAUAAACACUGUUAAAUUUCAUUUUUUAUAUUGUAAUAUGUAUCGAUAUCGACUGAUAUGAAAAAAAUAUAUUGUAAUAAACUUUUUCCAGUAUUGUCAAGCCCUAAGGUAGAGAUUUUUCAGGAGGAUGUAGGGAUUAUUUCCGUUGGUGUUGAGAUUGUACAGGAGAAUCUGUCGGACAGUUUAUAUGUUUUUCUCCUUAACUCAUAUUUUCAUGGUCAUUUUUAAGGUUUCAUAGAUCCUUGACAUGGUUAGAGGAGUAAAUUUGUGUGUGUGUGUGUCCUGAUGAUGGAUGUGUCUCUAAUGAAUCUGUGUAUUUUGAGGUCAAAGGUCAGAUAAAUCAAGGUGCCUCUCUACAUGUGUCCUGAAUAAGAUGAAUGAUUUCUCCUUCAGUAACAAUCUGUGAACCAGCUCCUCCUCAUCAUCACCUUUACAAUUCUGAUCGUGUCUUUUCAUCUUCAUCUCCUUUUUUGUCUUCUUUCUCUCCUCCUUAGGUACUUUCAUCUUCCUGUUUAUUCCUCUUCUUUUUCGUUUCCUUUCCCCUUUUUUUCACUUCAUCUUCUCUUUAUUCCUUCUUUUUUCCUCCUUUGUUUUCUUUCUCUCCUUUUAUGUCUCCCAUUUUUGUUUGUUUUUCAUCCAUACCUCUUCCUCUUCAUCCUCAUCUCAUUAUCUUUGUGCUGAUUUUCUACUCAUACCUUCUUUUCCUUCCUCUUUUUAUGUUUUUCUCCUUUAUUUUUUCUUCUCCUCCUCAAAAAAACACAAGGAUAUAAACUUUUAUUUCCUUCUCAGCUGUUAUAUCACCCGAGUUGCUUCCAGAUUCCUCACUAUAAGCGGACGUAUGUGUUUGUAGUUUCCUGUAUUUCCUGCAGUGAAGAGAACGUUUCAGGAGGAGAGGGAUAAACUGUCUCUUCAUGGUGAAAAUAUGAGCUGACCUGAUUUCAGUGUUGGAGUUUUUAAAAGCUGUUCAGGCUCGAAACGCCUCAUGUUCACAUUUUGAUGAAAUAAAGAUGGACUACAGGAGCUUUAAAAGGCUCUGAAUUAAGGAUGAUCUCUAACUUUUACAUAAACUCUUCACUGAAUAAAACCUGAAACAUUCAGAGAGUCAAAGUGAAGCAGCUGAGGGUUUAAACGGAGUCCCAAAUGAGGAGGAGGCUCCACGUUCCUCGACUCGGCCCUCUGUUUUAGCUAUUAGCACGUUAGCAUCUUAGCCUGUUAUUGGCACUUUGGCGACCAGCUGUUGUGUUGAAUCAGAUGCUGUUAAUUAUGAAUAUGACCCUCUCAUAACCCACACUAACACUGUGCAAUAAACGCUGAUUUAAAAUGAAAGCUGCGGUGUACAGCGAGAAACAUUUUAUUUACUCUCACAGUUUUCUGAAUGGCUAAUGUAAGUGUGUGUGUGUGUGUGUGUGUGUGUGUGUGUGUGUGUGUGUGUGUGUGUGUGUGUGUGUGUGUGUGUGUGUGUGUGUGUGUGUGUGUGUGUGUGUGUGACACACAGAGAGAGCGAGAGUGUUAAUGGCAGAGCAGCAAUAAAGCAUCCUUUGAGACUAAAGCAUAAAUGAUUCAGAGUUAGAGAGCAACAUUUACACACUGGAGGAAAACUUAAAGAUGCUGUGAACACACACACACACACUCUACACACACACUUACACAUACAGGAUUAUGAAAACAAACAUUGAAUAUUAAUACUCUCAACCUCAGCAGAGCUUCAUAACAUAACAUAAGAUACACAGAUGUUGUCGUACACUUCUGAGUGUUUUCUAUCUUCUCUGAACAGCUUGUUUUGAUAUAUGAUCACAAGCUGACAUCAAGCUCUGCCGUCCAAUCAGAGCGAUGCUAAAGGACAAGCCCACCUGGAGCUGUAAAGUCUGUUUCUGCUGCUGGACUUCAUCCUCCUCUCUGCUUUUUGUUGGUUCAGUCUGUCUCUAAAGCAUAGACUGUAUAUAGAAUCGACAGCGUCUGCCUCCUCGCUGGGUGAAGCCACUCCGAGAACAGCGCCCUCUGGUGACGGGCUGCAGUAUAGGUCAUAAAUCCCGCCUCCGCCAAGCAAAGCUUAUGGAGCUGUGGACAAACUUUAGAAAUUUAUUACACAUGACAUAAAUGUUUCUCCCCCUGGUUGCGAUGUUGACAUGUAGUUAUUGUAAGACUGGUUUGUGCUCAAGUCCUCUUUUUUCUGUACAGCUCCGUUUUUAAAAGUUAUUAGGGGGUUCAUGUUUUCUAUGAUUUACACCUGAUACAGCCUAUUGGUGUUCAGGGAUUGCAUAGCUCAUCCGGGGAUACACUGUUUGAGCCGAGCGACAUCACAGUGACUCUCGGCGACUCUCCCGCCGAAUGCGCACAACGCUACUGCGCAAUGCUGGUUUCAGAAAAUGAAGAAAAAUCGCUGAAUUACCAAGAGCUUUUCAGCUUCAGAUCCCUAUACUGGCGGGAGGCGGAACCAAGUUGUACAAGUUUUCUUUUGGUUGUAAAGGAAAGUCUCAGAUAUUUUCACUCCUCAAAGACGAAAGCUCCAGAAAACAGCCGGAAGUUAUUUGUUUGUUUGUGCUCACCACUUCACUUUGGGCUCCUUUGUCAACAAAGGCCAAUACAAGCUGGAUUUGAGUCUCAGCUGUUACUGAAACCUAGAGCCAUUCAUCUAUAAAGACCUUCAUGAAGUUUGAAGACACAAAUGCACAGAAUAGGUCUAUAGCUGUGUAAAAAGUUACAACCCCAGUUUGUGUCUAACUGGCUGAAUAGAGCUGAAAAUGAGGGUUUUCACAAACACGGCAUCUAUGUUUGUUUCUGUUCAGGGAUGAUGAUUGUGAUGAUAUUUCAGACAGUCUGCAGGAGGAGCUCUGAAUGUUUUGGCCUCACUUUAUGGAGCUAUCAUAGUGUCCAUCUUUGUACAGUCAGUGAGUGUGUGUGUGCAUUUCCUCUGUCUGAGGACGCUGAAGGCAAACUUUAAAUGUUAGUGGAUGUGACACCAUGUUCUCUGUGUGUGUCUGUUGGGAGAACAAACUGCUGACUCCUGCACACACACACACACACACACAAACACACACACUCAAUUAAACACACACACACACAUCUCUGGAGGCUGUGUGUGCAGGAUGAAGGUGAGAGUGAGGAUGAAGAGUGCUCAUCCUCCUCUGCAGUAAACAUGAUCUGCACAUUGAACACAUUGGCAGUGUGAGUGAAGGAGCUAUGUCGCCCCCUGCAGGCUGCUCAGCUCAUUACAGAUCAGAUGGAAACACACAGUCCACAGUGAGAAUCACAGGAGUCUGCUGCUCUGUGAAAACAUUUGACUUUAAGACAGAAUCAGAAGUUUUAUGAUUGUAGUUCAAAAAUUAGUUUUGAGUUCAUAGUUAAGGGAAAAAUGCGGAAAGUUUGAAGAAAAGAGUCUCAAGUGUGUAACAAACAAACACAACCGGUGUGUGUAUGAGCAGGAAACACACACUCAGGCUGUGCCAGAGUUUGACGGUCGGGGGAGGAGAGGAAGAGAUCCAUCACUGAUCAGAUUCAGAGAGGACAGAAACUUUAAUUAAUUCAUUUUAUUUUAAUCUUUGAUAGGAGAGAAAUAAAAGUGCUGAGCCUUAGAAACAAAGAAGAGGAGGAGGAGUAUGAAGAAGAGGAGGAGGAUGAAGAAGAAGAGGAGGAGGUGUAGAGGAGUUUCAGUCACAGAGACCAUGUAGAAGGUUUCUGUUAAAGUGUCUCUGCUGUAUUAUGAUAUUCUGACUAAAUUCAUCUCUACAUAUAGUCUCAGCGAACCUCUGGCUCCCCCUUGUGGCCACAGACCGAAGUGCGGCUUCAAACAGAUAUCGCUGAGUCAGCAUCAAAUUUCUGCUGAUUGUCUGAAAAGUUAAACUGAGGGUUUUAAUCUGAAUAUAAAGUUUGAGUCAGCAGCUCAGACUGAACUUUAAUAACUCUGAGACAGGCUCUUUCUCUCUCUUAACUCGAUUCUGUAGGAGACAUUAGACUCUAGUUUGUGGGCGUGUCCUUAUCGCACAACCGCUGCCAAUCAGAGGUCAAAAAGUCUGGACAUCAAUUAACCCUUAGGUGAAGGUUAAUUACCUUUAAAGUCUAAUUUAACUUCUCCAUGUCUUCUUUCUCUGUGUUGGUCAGAUAUGGUGACAUGGUUCCAAAGACCAUCAUGGGGAAGAUCUUCGGCUCGGUGUGUUCUCUGAGCGGCGUGCUCGUCAUCGCUCUACCUGUGCCCGUCAUUGUGUCCAACUUCAGCCGAAUCUACCACCAGAGCCAGAGAGCUGAGAAGAGACGAGCCCAGAAGGUGAGCAUACACACACAUAAACACAAACACACAAACAAGCACAUACAAACUUAUCACUGAUGUUUUCAAUCUCGUCUCUGAGGUUUGACUGCAGAGAUCAUCAUCAGCAGUGAAAGAAGAUUUAUAAAGAGACAAACACAAACAGGAGUCUGUCCACAGCUGUGUUUGUGCUUGUUUCUUAAUGUUAGCGUGUCGCUCUGUUAAUGAUCCACAGGAGAGAGCAGAGGAAGGCAGAGAGGAAGCUGAGAGCUGAUCUGCUUCCUCCAAACAUCAACAUUUUAUGGGUUCGAGUAAGACAUCUUUGUUUAUUUCUCGGAAACAGUCAGAGACGGAGAUGGGGGACGGUUACAGACCAGACCUUUCUGUUUCACACAGUCUGACUGCAGAUCUGACCAACAGUUAAACACUGAGACACUCACACACACUUUUAAACUCUCUAUCUACAAAGAUAUAAAACACACACACACACACACACACUUUAAAACUCUCUAUCAACAAAGAUAUAAAACACACACAGUAAAACUCUGUAAGCUCAAUAUUUUUCACUACUCACAUACUAAGUAUCUGAUGUCAUAUUUACAUCUUGUUUUUACAAGCUAACAUCUUGUCUAAAUAGGUCACUAUCUUGUUUAGUAUUUCAUUGUUCUCACAAGUAUCUUAUGGCUCAGAUAUUUUUGGUGCAAGAAAGCAUCUUGUUAACACAAUUUGGUAUCUUCUUAACUUGCUGAUAUCUUGAUUACACAAGCUCAUUUCUUGUUCACAGUAUUAUAACCUCUUUCACACACUGUUGUAUCUUGUUGACAUUUAUCAUCCUGUUGGUCCCAGAAAGUAUCUUGUUCACAAAUCUGGUGUUUUGUUUUCUGAGGUAAACUUCUUGUUAUUUUUCCACAGCAUUUAGUAUCUUGCGCACAUCAAGUUUCAUUUUCACACACUUUUAUAUCUUGUUCACAUUAGUUAGCACAUAAUUUUGUUUACAUGAAAAAGUAUCCUGUAAACACAAGUGUAGGUGUAUACAUGCAACUUUAUCUUGACCGUAUAAUCUUGUUGGCUAAGGUUGGCCAUUGAUGCACAUCAGUCAGUAUCUUGUUGAUGUAUCUGGUUUGUGGCUUGUGGCCAUUAUCCCGUUCAAACUAGUUAUUAUUUAGAUAAUCAAACAAUCUCGUUAAGACAAAUAAAACAAACAUGUGUAUCUUGUUCAAACAAAUUUGUAUCUUGUAAGAACUUUUGUCUUGUUAAAACAAAAAUAAGUUUACUGACCACUUAAUCUUGUGAACAAAAGUUAGUGCCUGAUCACAGUAUGGUAUCUUGUUGACAUGAUUUUUUAUCUUGCUUACAUAUACUGUCAUCUUGUGUCCCAACAUCCUUGUUCAAACAUACAAUCUUGUUCAGAAAAAAAAAUAUUUUGUUUGCAUUAAUUAGCACAUUUUUAAAAGGUUGUAUCUUGUUCAGAGUUGAAAUCCAACAGUAUUUUUAGACAAGUAUCUUGUUUAAAAAGUUGGUUUCUUAUUUAAAACUAAUUAUCUUGUUUGCCAUGGUAGUCACUUGCUGCAUGUAUUUUGCAUGCUCACUACCAAUGCGCACAAACAAUCAUGUUCACUCAGGAUUUAAUCUUGCCCUGUUUCACUACUUUAUCAUCUUGUUCACACGGGAUCAUUUUCUACUAAAUUCAAUAUGAAUUUUUGGGAAACCGUCUUCAUCUGUUUAUGAUUUCAGACUCUGACUUCUGAAGAUCCUACAAAAACAAAUCAGAUUAGUCAGAUUUUGAUCCAUUCUCUUUUUGUCCUAAUACAUCUUUUGUGUACUCCAGUACUUCAGGGCUAAAUGGAUGUGUAUGGUGUAUGUGUUCACAAACAGAAAACCAGGCUUGCUAGAAUUCACGUGGUGAAGAGCGGAGGGGCUAGCGCUUAUUUGCAGUACAAACGCAGCCAGCUGCUGAUUGACCUCGAUGAGGAGGUAACCACGGAGACGCAGCCGUCGUCGUCGGGUGGUGCUGGUGUUUUCUUUUUUGUCUUUUUUUUUUUUUUUUGGUUUCCCUUUCUUUGCUGUUUCUCUGUCUUUGCUGAGCUGUGACAGAAGCUGCUGCAGGCGGCUGCAUGCUGGAUGCUCCAUGAGAGGACUGGCUUCUGCUGCUGUCACUCUGUUUUCACUCACUUUGGUUUAUCAUGACUUCAUCAUUUCUGUCAUGUUCAGCAGGAAUACUUUCCACCAAACACAGCAGAUCCUGGAAACACAGCACCACAUCCACUUACUGUAAAUCCUCUAAUACAUCAGUGUCCUGUUUUUUAUUUUAUUUUAAAAUUUAUCCAGUUUAUCAAACUCAGAUUCUCAAUUACAGUGCCAUGAUGCACAACAGAGUAUUUAUUUAGUCACUUCCUGAAAAAGAUGCUUUUUACUCACUCACUCCAGAAAGUAAACUAGUUAUAAACUGUAAAAUAGUUCACAUCUAUCAAGACUGUCCUUCUCAAUCCAACUCAUUAUACACUAUAAAUUAAUUCUAGUCAGGAUUAGAGUGCACAGUGCAGCUCUGAGCAGCAAAGUGGAGGUGCUAAUAGUCAGCAGUAAUCUCAAUCAAUAAAAUGAAAACUUAGUGUUGUAUGUGAUCAUUGUACACUCCCUUAUGAGUUUUUUUUUCCAGUUUCCAUAACAGAAAUAACAAGCCAGCCUUUAUUCACUCAGGCCACAGAUUGAAUACUGUACAGUAUUGGAGGAUUUACGGUAUUUUCACUUUUACUCGCCUUUUUUUUGUAAUAUUCUCUAAAAACAAUUAUAUUUAAACACAAAUGUCAGAACUUCAUUGGCCGGCUGUCGCUCACACAGCAGAAUCAUCGAAUAGCUGAAUGUCUUUAAGCGUUAGCAGCCAUGCUAUUUCGGCUAAACCAGUAGUUUGUCCUUGCAGCCUGGUUAAACAAAUACCGAUCAAUAUCCUUAGCAAUUUAUAACACUCCCACUAAAAUCACAUAUUUGGUCUCUUUAUGUGGUACAAACAGGAAGUGUUACUGCUGAACUCAAGCGUGUGUGUGUCCACCUCACUGUCUUUCAUUCUUGCUCUUUCUUCAGUUUUUCUCUCACAUUGACUCUUUUAGUCCAGAAACACUCUCCAUCUCUACAUUUUAUCCUCUCCCUUUUCUUCUUCUGUGUUUCUUUCUUUUUGAUCUGUAUGCAUUUUGAUUGGCUCUCCCGUGUGACUCGGCUGCCGACUGACUGGCCUUGUGCUGCUCAUGGCAUCAUCACUACGCGCCUUUGGUCCAUCCCGGCGUGGAGGAAUGAGAAAAGGCUGAGCAGCAUGUGAAUCAGCCAACUCCGCGGCAUGCAAAGGGGUGGAGUCAGUGUGACGCGGAGGGGUUGGCUUGGAUAAACUGACCUUUACAGGAGUGGUCUGACAUUUACAGGAAGUAGCUUGAGAGUGUCUUACCAAAGGACAGUCUGAUCAGGAGACAAACUUGUUUGGAGAUCUUGUUUGACUUAUUCAGACACCAGCUGAGCAGAGAGAGGGGAGCAGAGACGCGACUAAGAGAGAGAAAGAUCGCAGAAGGUUCAGUGAUUUGGUAACAGGUGAGGCUCAUUAUUUUCAAGAGUCCCUGGUCGUUAUAUCUGUCAUAUCUUUAAGGAUCUCAGGAGUAAGAUUCAGGACCUUAGAGGUUCAAUCAAAGAACAAUGUCCUCUGAUUUUUGCUAGAAAGCACAAGACUAAGGUUUGUCAUUUCUUACCAACUUCCACAGUGCAAAGAUCCCGACUUCCCAGAUGAAACCAAGACUUACCCAGAAUUUUAACCGCAUCCGGAAUGGCUCCGAUCCAGAAUGGCAGCAAUUUCCGCCGUCUGCCAAUUGUAAGGCGAAUUUUGUGGCAGAUUGCGGAAGGCAGGAAUCACGAGAACUCACAAGAACCCGCAGAUUCAAGUGCAAUCGCGCGAUGACAAGUUGUCUUUAGCCACAAAUAGGCUAACCAUAUAAGCCGUAGAUUGUGUCCUUCCAGAGGAGGAAAUCUACUUCUAGACAGCAUCCUCUCAUCCAUGGUGUCAUCGGGGUGAAAUGCUGUCUAUUAACCUUUCACUUGUUCGUCUCCGCCCAUUUGCAUGAUGUGAAAUACGAUCCGCCUGAAACACAGAGUGUUUUAUUUUGAAAAGAAGCCAGAUGUUUUAUUUUGGGUCUGUGCCCAACUUCCUUUCCAGCACGGGUUAAUCUGUGCUAAAUUUAUCCGGCAUGCUCCGACAUCCGGAGAAAAAAGAACUCUUGCGAUAAUCUGUGGAGUCCGGUGAUCCGCAGUGAAACAGAAAGAAGCCGGUGGAAAUUGACACAUUAACUUGACUGGUCUCGAUCAGCUACGAUCAGUGGAUACGGCCUUUUCGUAGCCAUCCUGGAUUCAGUGGAAAUUGGGGGUAAGGACUGUGCCCUGUCUUUUCACCCUGGAGAGGUGCACUGAGGAUGCAUUUCCAUCAAACUGUCAGGGUCAGUUUUGUUUGAUGGGGUUUACAGUUAUUUGUGUUUCCACUGUCAAAAGCUGGGAAAGGUUCCAAAAUAAGCAAUCUAUAUCAUCCUGGCAUCAGGGCAACUUUCUGCUGGGGAACCAAGCCUCCCUACCAUUGAUGGAAAGGCACCCUUAUAGUCUUCAGUGAUGAGCUUCUUCAGGGUCUCUCUAAGUCAGUCCCCUGAUGUUUUCAGAUGGACCCCUGCAGUGAGGGUUAAGGUACAGGUUUGGACUCUAAAUAAAGUCAGUCCAGAUCUCACUGACGGGUGACACAGUUACUUCCUGAGAUGUCAGGCCGCUCUGUCGUCAGUCCCUCAGCCCGCCCAUCAGCGUCACACUCAGUCUGAACCCUGAGCAGUGUGAGUACGGUGGCUCUCUUGGAUCAAAUGAGGCUCAGGUUCAAAUAAAGUAAAACACAUUCAGAGAGGCAGAUACACAGAUACUGAACGGCUGCUGUCAGCCACCUUAGUUUGAACCAGUGAGCAGCCCGCCGCUUUCUGACUAACCCUGAGGCAGGAGGGGAUUGUGGGUAAAAACUGGGUGGUGGAAAUGUUCUCACAGCGAGGAGAAGAAGAAGAAGGUGAGAACGUCUAACCUGUUCCUGAAGGCUGUCCUGGGAUCUCUCCUCUUUUUGCUGUGGUUCUGGAUGCAUGCAGGAUCGUCCAAUGAAGGGCUGACUCUGUGGUCAUGUGAUUUGUGUUUGUACCCUGAAGGCAUCGAAGGAAGCUGGACAGGCGCUGGUGUGUAAGAUCAACCCCAGCUUUGAGGUGCACCACCAUCACCUUCUGAACUGUCUGGAGAAAACCACGGUGAGAUUGUGCACCCACUCAUUAACACACACAAACAGAGACACACACAGACACACACUCUGUAAUAGCAAACAUAUAAUAACCUACUAACCUCAUGUGUUUUCCUUGAUUGUCCUCGUACUCCUCGCCUCCCGCCUCAGAAUCACGAGUUCGUGGAUGAGAAGACGUACGAGUCGAGCUGCAGGGAGGUGACUCUGCUCAAACAGGUGUCUCGCUCUUCCUCCAUCUCCUCUGCCUCACCUCACGGUUUCACCUGCUGCAGCCGCAAGAAGAGGAAGACCUUCAACGUCCCCAACUCGAACAUGUCUGUGGGUCUGCAGGGCAGCAUCCAGGAGCUGAGCACCAUCCAGAUCAGAGAGAGGCCGCUCACCAACAGGUAGGUCACCUGGACCAACACGAGGGUUCAUAAGCUGUUAUCAUGUCUGCAUCUUCGUUAAAUUUACCUUUCUACAGUCUGAUGAUGUUUCCGUGAUGGAAGCAAAGACAGUGACUGAACAUUAGGUUGUCUCAGUUUUACUCUAAAGGCUCAUUUACGCUCGCCAUACGUAUGAAAAUGAAUGCGUCCAUUUCAAACGGUGGUUCCGUCACUGCCCACAUACCUCAAUGCGUUCUUUACGUUGGCAUGGAUGUUACCCAUUAGGAGACAGAAACGGAGGCAGCGUUGGAGGAGGCGGUGGCAGGUCAGGCCACUAAAUGCCUCGCGGUUGGAGGACGGAGAAUUCUUUUCUCUAGUAGUACCGAUGACAGAAAUUGCAAUGAUCCUCAAAAAGCUCCGCCAUUGUCUUUUUCGUUUCUCUCGAGAGAUGUGUAUCAGGUAGUGACAGCAGCAACACUGCCCCCAUGGUUUCCGGUGGUACUGCUCCGUCUGGUCCGUAUCCGUAAAUGAGCAUAGAUGAGCCUUAAGAUGGUCUCUUCCAGCUGGACGUGUUAGUGGAUAUGUUAAGUCAGAGUGUUUCCCUGACUCUAUCUAUGUAAAUUUUGAAUCAGAACUUGUUUUUAUUUGUCAAAAUCACCCCUUGGUGUGGUUUUUAUUGGGCCUCCAUAUGUAGUCAACUCUAGAGACAGGUUUAUGGUGCUGCUUCUGUUCUCAGAGCUCUUUGAGAAGGUCCUAGAUGUUUUACACAGAGACAUUAGCCUCAGUCAUACUCAGAGAUAUGAGCCAUGCUCUCAUACUGUAUAUAAACACAUGGCCCCAGAGAUCAUGUGACGCUGUAUUCCCAUGUACAGUCAGACAGCAGGAAUUCAGAAUAUGUCCAGCUGUGGGAGGCUGUGGGAGGUCUGGGAGCUCUGGGAACUUUCUCCCAAACAUGGACAGCUGGGAAACAAGCCGUCUCCUGUUUCUGUCCCGGUCCCUACAAUCACCGCUGAAGCUAUGCUGAGUCUGACCGAGUCCGAGAGACACAAACUGUCACUGCUGCGGCCCUGCAGACUCUCACAACAGUCAAAUUGUAACACUGCAGAAUGAAGCUGGGUUUAUACUCGUGUCUGAUUCUGCAGUGUCCGUUUCAGAUGCUCAGUCCUCCUUUUGUCGUCUUCUCGUCCCUCUGAAUAAUCAUGCUGAGUCUCUUAUGUGUCCUCUCUCUGUAGUCGCUCCAGCAGGUCCAGCCUUAACGCCAAAAUGGAGGAAACAGUCCCUCUGAACUGUGAUGAGUCCUAUAUCACCGCCGCCGUCAUCAGCAUGCCCACCCCGCCCGGCACCACGCCUGAAGGAGAUGACUCAGCCAGCUCCACCGACUACUCCCAAGCUAACAUCGUCCGAGUAUCUGCACUCUAGAAACACCAACAGGGAAACUCCACCCACCCAGGAGGAAGACAGGUAUCAGGGAGUCAGGGGUCAGGGGUCAAUAACCCUGGCACCAUAUCAGACUCAGAGGGCGGGGUUUGAACCAGGAGUCCAGGAAGGAGGUGACGAGUUAGCUCGAACAGUCUGACUCUCUCGGAGGAAAAUAAUCUGAUGGUUCAUUAACUCGGCUAACGUCAGAGAAGACUCUCCAGUCUGAGAGCAGAACACCUGAGAGCACACAGCACACCUGACCUGUCUGAGAUUAAUUUCACUCUUUAUUUUCACUCCUGUCUGUCUCCGACUCUGAUGUCUUCAUUGUAAAGGUAGCUGAUAGAUUUUUAUUCUGCACGCAGAUUAAAGGAACAGUCUUACAUUUUGAGGAUUACAACAUUAACCACCUGAGAGUGAGGUGAUGAGAAACUGCUAGCUUAGCUUAUCCCCGUCUACCCCCCGACAAUUAAAACUUUCUCUUAUUGGUUAUUCAAUCUGAGGCCAGAUAUAUAAAAUUACAAAAUUUAGCGGUCAGUGUCCAUCCUUCAAGGUGUAAACUUUGAAAUUGAACAGAUUAAAACUGAAAGGUCCAAGAUGCAAGUUAUGUUAGCAUGUUUCUAUUAACUUUAUCUUCUUUAUAUUAAUUUUUCAUCUUAUUUAUUAAUCAUAUGGACACUCUACUUUUUAGGAUUGUCAUUUAUUUAUUCAUGUAUUUAUUAAAGUCGUUUUCUUUACAUUUUUUCAUUUUUACUUAUAUGUGUAUUUGUCUUUAUUUUUUUAAGUCGCUCAUUUUACACCGCUCCAUUUUAUAUUUCUAAAUAUGUAUGUGUAAAUAUCGUUAAAUAAUAUAUUAAUAAAGCUAAAGCCAGCAUGAUUUGGAUUUUAAGAGUAACGGUUAUGAAUCAGGAUUAAACAAUAGUUUUUUCUCAAAAUGACGAACUUUUCCUUUAAUCAGCUGCUCCUGUAGGACAUGUUUUAUAAAGAGGAACUCUCUGAGCAUGCUCAGUGUCAGCGUUAGUGUGUGUUCCUCUGCAUGUGAAUCUGACUGGAUGCAGGUCAGUCUUUGUGGAUUUUAACCGUCCUGGUCCUGGUCCUGGUCCUGACUCUGUAGAUAUUCAGCGUUUUUUACUGAAUCUAUUUGUUGGAGCGGACUGUCCUCCUCUCUGCUGUACAGAAACAACAACAACAACACACCUGAACUGAUCACACCUGAACUGAUCACACCUGAACAGCCAUCCUGGAAAUGUUGAUGUCAGUUUGUAAACCUGUGUCUGUCUCUGAGCCGCUCUCAGUGUGUGUGAGUGUGUGUGCGCACGCAUGUGCGUUUGUGUGUGUGUUUUCUUGCUUGCAGGUAUAUUUUUUUGCACCUGUUGCCCUGAUAGACUUUUAUUUUGUUGAUGCGCUGUUAGAGAGGACAGUGUUUGUACAGACUCAGAUGUUUUUCUGCAGAUUUACAGAUACUCUAACAGUCACCCUUUAAAGCGACAUUUCAGUAUUUUUGAGGUGAGGUUAUAAGUCCAUGAGUUACAUGUCCCUUGUUGGUGGUUUAGCAUCAGUGGAUGUUGGUCAGCCCAGCCUCUUUUAUAAGAAACUGCAGGGAGGACCGUCACAUGAUCAAGGCCACAGCUUUUUUCAGAUAGUGUGACUCUGAGCGUAACAUUCAUCCCAGAUUAAAAGUACACUCUACUGUACUGGUACAGAUGAGUGACUGGGUCAGAGUCUAGCUGAAUGAUGUGUCACAGUCACUGUAGCCUAGCUUGCAAGUAGGUUCUCCCUACAGGGGACCAAGCUGACCAAAAUCUGAAGUGACUCAAACUUUCACUAAAGACAUCUAACUCAUACAACCUAACUUCAAAAAUACUGAAAUAUCCCUUUAAUUCUGUAAAACGUCCUAAGUUUGACCUUUUACACUAAAUUCCCCGAUAAACUGAGCAGACUGGAUGCUGUUUGCUGCUCCUGUUUUAUAAAUCUUUAGCUUUUAUUUUGCGUGUUCGCUACUCUAGCGUUAAUUGUUUAAGAAAUGACGUCCUAUCAGUAUUUUAGAUUUAUAUAUUUUAGCGUUAGCUGCCUGUGCAUGAAGUUUUCAUCCCUGUGUGUUGUAGCUAGCUAGCUUUCCAGACCAUAUGUAGCAGUGGCUAAAGUAAGCAGCUGAAAACUAUCAGUCUGAAUUCCUCUGUUAUAUUUAUAAUCAAAUUUUAAUUUAUUUUACAGAGGAAAUUUGUUUAAUUUGUUUCCUGUCUGACGGCAAUUUGAUGUCAUUUAAAUGUGUGAGAAACUCAGGAGUCAAGGCGCGGUUAGCCUAGCUUAGCAUCAUCUCCAGCAUCUGUCAGCAGAGAGUUAAAGCACAUCUUUACCACCAAAACCAGACACAUGUUUUAUUCUGUUUGUGUGUACAUUAAACAGAUCAGACACACACUGAGUGAAUUUUAAAGUGUUAACUGAAGCUAAAGCUAACAUUAAAGUCGGUGAAUAUCAGAGUGGAUGCUUCCGUUUCAGCCUCUUCAGUCUGAAUCGCUCAGAACACAUCAUUACUCUGACCCUCAGAAGAGUUGCUCUGACUGUGUUCAUGAACCGGUCAGGAGUCACCUGUUCAAUCAGGUGAAAGGGUUCACUGAACGUUAUUGUUACCUGGUUAAAUUUGCAGAUCAGGCAGAAAUUUCCGUUUUUUGAACUAGUUUAUCUUCACAACAGAUUACUCUUUAUUUUUAAGUAAAAACACAGUGUCUCUGAAACCACCUGUACCGGUACCUGAAGGCGUCCUGUAUCCAUAGGCUGUGGGAUACCUGCAGCAGUACCAGUACCUUCUCCUACACCUGUACAUGCAUGUAGGCUACCUUUAGCCUACCUGUACUUGAGCCUGUUUCUUCUUUUGUACCUGAGGCCAUGUGUACCUGUAGCUGUUGCCUACCUGUACCUGAACCCAUAACUGUACCUGUAGGCUACCUAUACUUGUACCUGUACCUGUAGGCUUCAGGUACCUGUACAUGUGCCUGAAGGUUACCUGUAGGAUUCCUGCAGCAGUAUCUGUUCCUGCACCAUGUAGCCCAAUUCUUCUUGUGGCUGUCCCUGUCUCUGUCUCUGUACCUGUACCUGCAGGCUGGUUUCCUCCCUCUGUUGUCACCUGGAUCUAAUUUUUUUCUUCGUUCUGGACUCCCCUUUUGGACGUCUGAACAGCAGGAUUAAAGAGCACAGCAGAAUUUUCACUUUUUUCUUUGAACUCUGAAGCUUCAAACAGUGAUCGUCUGAAAACGGAUCGACUGAUUUCACCAUUUAAAGCUGAUGUUUCAAUGUUUCAAGGAUCUUUUUUUUUUUUUUUAAGAAGACAGAUGCUGUUUGACAUUUUUAGAGUGAAACUACAAAUGUCCCACCCUGCUAGCAGCCCCUGAACGCCCCUUCCCUUCAGACUGUACAGACUGGUGCAGCUCUUUGGUUCGGUUUUUACAGAAACAUGCAGCUGUCGGUUUCUGGAUGAGGGAAAAUGAUAAACAUAUUUUUGCAGAUCAUAUUCUUGGUUUGUAAAGAAGAGAUGAUUAUUAUUCUUACUGUUGCUUGUGCACAUGUGCUGUAAGUGUUGUUAUGAUGUGGUCGGUUCUUUCUUUUUCAUCGUUUCCAUAAGAAGCUGUAGCUGUUUGUCUUUGAGUUCACAUUCACAUGAUAUUUUUCUAAAGCCUUCCCAAUGAAACCUGCAUGAGAUCAGACUGAGAGAGAUAUAGACCUGUACAGUGAAAACAUGAUGAUGGAGGAUUAUUAAGAUUAUUAUUUUUUACUUCAGCUUGUGUUAUGUUGAUAAAUUAUGAAUAAUAGAGGAUAAUAAGAAAAGAGAAGCUUCAUGGUUUUAGUCCGGUGCAGUGUCUGAGUAAAUAAAAUAAAACAUUCAAACAGA